AAUGAAAGUUAUGGGUCACCGCCGGUGCACAGAGCUGCAGAAAGAGAGGGGCAUUCUCAGAUUUCCCGAUUUCUCCCAGCCGAGUCCGCUGUGCCGCUUCCACAUCACGGCAACAGCAAACCGAGACGACGACGACGACGACAUGCGCCCGGCUUGCCCCAACCCUACAAUCAUUUCACCCGGACAUUGUGCUCCGAAGAACACGUAGACGCAAACACGGUGAGUACAUCGAUACACACAAGUCUUGUCGCGGUGUUUUCGGCACAUGUUUGGUACACGACCGAGAGCCCCGCCGCUCGGUCUCCCAGGCCAGGCUAGUGAACGCUGUCUGGCGCAGACGGAGAAUGAGGCCAGUUUUCGGCCUGACUCCCCUUGACUGGAAACAUAAAGCCCCGGCGAAAUAGUGGAGGGUCGCUCGGUGUAGCUUUCUGCUUGUUUUCACGGCAGCGGAGAAAGGAGUCUGGCGUUGUUUUUUCGAAACGGGUCGGGUGGAAGUUUGUACUCAGGAUAGAGCUGUGUGUCCGGCUGCUGCUCUGUGAUUUAAUAUCGGAAUUCCUUUAUGCAGCCGGAUUCCGUAAUGCAGUCCGGUACCAGAGAUCAGACUAACUUGUUUUUGCAACUUUGAAGCCACCUUUAUGUGUAGGGAUUUAAAUAUUCGCCUUAAGUGUGUUUCAACUAAUUAUGCAACAAUGAAGCGGUGAGCCCACACGUUUUAUUGUCUAAUGUGUCUCUUGCACAGAAAAGGCCAACCGAUUUUGGGUGCAAAUAAUAAUUAAAGGUCGAUAUGACUGUCUGCCUCCUAAUCUAAUAGCAUUGCACAUGGCAGAGGUGAAUAAAAGAUCAGCAGGGGAAUGCAUGAAGCAUUACUCAAUUUGUCCAAAUGAUUUUCGGGGUUAAUUAUUAUCAGCAGUGACGGCAGGCUCUGCGUUGUGACACAUGAUGCAUCAGAGUAUUUUGUAGCUACCUGUAGGAAUCAUGAAAACACUAAAUUUGUCACAAAGACUUCCUCACAGUAAGAUCUUGAAAACUAUUCAGUCCUCACCAUUGACUGUUAACAUAAAAUUGACUAUGCCCUACUAAGUUGCAUUGUUUAGGACGAAUUGCUAAAAUAUAAGCUGUAUGUUGUUCAAGAGUUUGCUGGUAUUUGUCAUAAAUGUACAUACUUGUUUAUCUGUGUCUUAAAUAAUUCCACGUUUUACUUCAUCAGCCUACUUUUUACCCUUUGUUGUGGAAAAUUGACCACACAUAUAUAUCUGAAUCUGUUAAAUACUAAAAACACUUGACUAGCUCUGUAGCAAAAAAAAAGGGGGCAGUCCAGACCUGCCUGAAAUCUGUUGCCUUGGGGUGAAUGGGCGUGCAAGCGUGCACCUAAUGUGAGUAAGAGAUUACUGAAGGAGAAUGACUCACGCUCAGAAUGUGUUUGGCAAAGUCAUAAGGACUUUCCCUGCAUUUCUCCUCAGCUGCAGAAGACAUUCUUGUGACUGUAACUUAAAAGCCUUGUUCAUCUGUUUUUCUCUGGUGUCAUGAGAUUUAUUUGACCAGGGUUUCAAAUUUUGUUAUUCCCGAUGCGAGCCAUGUGUUGUUUAUAACGUUCCACCCAUCGCAUGCAUAAAAAAAAAAAGAAGGGCUUAUUCCAUUUGCAGAAUAGAUCAUAAAGAGUGAUUUGCCAUCAUUUGUUUGUCAAAUUUGUGAGGAGCUGAAUCUUAAGUUGCAUUCUAUUUAUCCCUGCCAACUGUUUGUCUGGUUGUUCUAACCCUCCAUCUGACUGCUCCCACUGGCUGCCAAACAUGCUGUGAUCUAGCGCUUUCAGCUGAUGAAGGCUGCCACUGCCGCCGCAGCCAUUUGAUCAUAUAUCAGCAUCCUUUCAUAAAGAUACGCCUGUGAAAUGCUGGGGACUGGGUUAAAAUGCUACACACACAGGUUGUUAAAAUCUUGCAGGCAUGACCGUGCGUGAUGGAUCAAGACAUCCAGCAGUGUUUAGCUGUUUAUCAGAAUGAGCCAUGACCACUGACGAUUCAUCAUCUGAGAUUUUAGGCUUGAAUGGGAGAUGGUAGAAGAAAAAUGAAUGUUUCUUGUCAACCAUAGCUUUCAUUGCUUUAAUGAAAUCUCUCCAAUUCUCUCUCUGCAAGUAGAGGGUUGAUUGUUCCGCAGUGACUCACAGCUACUAUACCAUCUAAUGAUACACAAGGUAACUGUUGGGGGCUACAGUGCCAAACUACAUGCCAGCUCUUGUAUUUUUCCAUGUCAGUGCCCCUUGUAUCCACACUCAGUGUGCAGGGUGGCAGACCUCUCUUUAGAGCAGGGCUGAAGCCAGGCAGCUUUCCAAAACUCAAGUCCCCCCAAGCCUCUAUGCUGGGUAUAAGCACCGCUUUGUGCCCCAGUACUGCUCCCUAUGGUUCUUAUUCAUAUACUACUACAACACCACUGGCUCCACUAAAUACUGGAAUCUACAAUUGGAAGUGUCCCCAGAAAUGCCUGCUGUUUGACAGACAAACUCAGAUGUUUCCUCAUUAAGUCGAGCUUUUGGAUUAAUAUGCUCUGACUGUAGCAUUGUAGCCCGUAGAGUAGUUUGUAUUGCUGCCCUUUUUUUUCCGCCUGGAAUGUGGCUGUGGCAUUUUUUUGCUUAAGCUCUGCUAUCGUGAGGGGUAUUGGAGAGCAGGAGCAGAGUAAAUACAUCUCAAACAGCACAGCAAAACCCAGUAUUAGCAAAUGAUCCGAUAGCAUCUGUAAUCCUCGGGAAAACCUGGAGAGUUGUUUUUGAAUAGCGUUAGCCUCCAUCAGAUAGUUGGCAGGCCCUGAGGGUGUCCACAUGUGUGACUGGCUGGCUAGGCUAGCGGCGCGGUCGACUACAGUAUGCAGGCAGAUCAGAUUACUGAACGAUUAGCCAUGGCCUCCUAUCCCCGGCCCGGGGAAAUGAUUUUCCACUGUCAUAAUUCCCUAGACUGAAUUACGCAGGCCACUGACUCAGAUACUCAAUACUACAGUUCUGAGUAGAGCAUGGGAUAACUGUUGCUGUCUGGAGAGGGGAGAUAGGUUAAGAGUGGUUGUAUUACUGUUGAACUGGGGAACAAAAUAGUUUCUAAUUUCAUUUUGUCAAAGAGCUUGGCUGCUUGCUGUCAAGUGUGAAAGGCAGUGUUACCCAAGUGCAACAUCCGUAGCAAAGGGCAGCCUUCUUCAGUACGAUGUUUAGCUGUUUUUAUUGUGACCUCAUCGUGAAAAACAGCUGCUGUAAAACAGUCCUGAAACUCUUACCCGUCCCUCGCAUGUUGUGCUAUUGUGAGAUGUGUAGGUGAUGUAAAUAAAAUGGUCUCUAGUGGAGUUUUGCUGAAUAGAAAGAUAGAAAAAGAAAGACAGAGAGGAAGACUUAGAUUUGAAAGAGUGGAAAAGUGGGAGAGGCAAGCCGAUGGAGGUAGGACUAUGUUUCCAAGGUGCUCACCCCCCGAGGCAGGAAUCUGAUACAUUCCAGAGGCUCCUGUAUCCAGACGAAUAAUGGUGACUAGGGUGUUGCAUUUCAUCAGAUGACACAUGAUUGGAGUGUAAAGUGCUGGGAAAGUAAGAGCUAUGUCAUAGGCUCAGAGGUAGCCAGCUCCGGUUGCCUGAGGGAUCGGGAAGUACGCCAGAAGAGCGGGACAGGUUAUGUGAGAUAUGGAUUUAUCUUCUGCAGAAGACAGCGUGGCUUUUAUAGCUCUUCUCUUGUUAUCGCACCCCGCCCACUCACCACCGCUUCGAUGCAGACAUUUAGGAUUUCAGGCGACACUCUGAUCCCGACAUGUAGCAGGAAAAAAACACUUGAAAUGUCUUUGGCACAUUGCACGCCAUUGUUUUGUGACAGGGCUCAUAUUGGCAGCUGAAGAAAGAAGGUUUGGCACUUUAACGACUUCUGAAAAAUAAUUUAAAGUUAGUAAGUCCUGUUUUGCCUUUCUCUUGACAAGUCAUGGCAUGAUGCUGUUUUCCAAGUCUAUAAUUGUCUGAAAACUGCAUGACAUAUUCACCUUUGUCUACCUCAGCACCUGUGAUCAUACAUUAUCAGAAAUCUGAUCCAUGGGCUUAAUUUCCUUACUAAAGUGGAGUUUCUUCAACCCCGGAAAUUUGUUCUCGCCGGCUCUUAAGCUAAAGGCUAUUUAUACUGCAGAGACAGAAAAAAAAUACCCUGUUUUAUUUAGUGGUCAAAAAACAAGCUGUCGAGUGUUAAUGGACUUCACCUCAGCCUUUCCGGCGGACCCUCAGGGUGCUGCGCGUUCAUACACUCGGCAAGGGAGCUCUCAGCACUAGCCUGUUAAUGAAGCCAUUUCCAGAGAUGGAGAGAUGCAGUAAUGGGAACGCACCACUUCACUGCGGGAUAUUCUAACCCCGUCCUCAUCAUAAGUGCUAUCAGUCAUCCGAUACGAUUAGUUUUUUUUUUUUUCCUUUGUCCAUUUAGCUGCAAGGAAGGCUCUUUUCCUGACUCAAGGGUUAGCGGUACGUCUAAGUGUGCACACGUUGCCUUGGUUUUGCACCCACACUCACUUCGAACAUGUUAGAAUGGUUUUGAGAUUUGCACUAUGACUACAAAAGUGAAAGGACAUUCAGUGCGGUGUUUAUAAAUGAUGCUGGAUCUACGGUUUGCUGUUAAAAGCUGACCAAUGUGAGUGCAUAAGGGGGCAGACAGGUGGAGGGAAGGUGGAUGUGCAUGUAUGUUUACCUAGUUAUCUGGUGGCCUCUGCUGGGUCUGGCUACACCACAGAUACCACACACACACAUACUCACUCACUCACUCACACUCUCACCUACUGAAGAGCUGUAAUUGUGUAAGCCCACACUCAUGCAUGCCUCAGGUUGUUGUUCACCGUAUACAACCUGCAUUUAUUACAAUGAAAGGUUUACCCUGUAAAGGUUUGCCCUGCAGGAAAGAAAUGUAUAAAAUAAAUCAUACAGGAGUUUAAGUUGUAGGUACAAGGGAAAGGAUAUUCUAUGUUGCUUAAAGAGAGAAAAAAAAAUUCCCAAACUUGGUGCUAUUGUACCCUUUGAUUGCAUUUUGUCAAACCUCCCUGGAUUACAUACAGAUAUAUCCUGUUAAAUAGUCGUACUUAUCAUAAGCAAACCUGCACUGAUUAACAGAUGCAUUAUACUGGCUUACUAUCAUUUAGGCCACUAUUUCUAACACUGAGGUGACCUACCUUGAUUUAAACUGCAUGGACAGAAUGUGAGACAUAACUUUCAGGAUUAAACAUGACACCGACUGCCGCCUGAAAUCAUAAAAGUUUCGUCAGCUUCUCCGUAAAACAGCUGAGAUAAACACUAAGCUUAUAUGAGUAGUCUGUGUCCUGUGUUUGCACUGUUCCACACCUCUGCCUUCAACUUAAAGGAGACCUGUUAUGCUGAUGUUAGACGUCCAUACUAAACCGUGACACAGAUGUUAUAUCACCCCUGGAUGUGUUAUUUGUGUUCUCUGAACAGCCUGCUUCAAUAAUUGUGCAAGACUUGGCUAAAGUAUGACAUUCAUCUUAUCAGGACAGUGUUGAAGAGGCCCGAAGGGACGUACACACCAGCACAACAACAGCCAUGGUGUAGUUGUUUGUAGCCACAACUUCACUGAUGACUCCUUUUGUAAACAGAGGCCCAUAUGAGCUUGAGUUAAGUCUCAAAUCUUUACUGAAACCUGGAGUGGUUCUGUCUAUUAAGACUUCCUCAAAGGCUCAAAGAAAUGUUAUAACUAUGUAACAAUAACAAAUGUGUUAUGGGAAGCUAACAUGGGUGCCUUGGGCUAGCCUGUAAAGGUUUAACUUCUGGGUUGUAUCAUGUCCAAAAUGAAGACUUUCAGGUUGAAUAGUGCUGAAAUGAGAUUUUAACGGAUGCUUGUACCGCAUAAAUAAAGAGUAUUUUGAGCUGUGUAUUUUGAAGAGCCAUUCUGUGUUUCCCAAACUGACAAAGUAUUAUAGGUCUCCUUUAACCAGAGGUCUGGCUGUUGUAUGAAGGCUGUAUUCUGUGUUCCCUAACCAGAGUUUAAGCUCACAGUGGUGUUAUAAUGAGCAGAGAUGCUGUAGGAACGUGAGGAAUGAACAUCUUCACAAGGCCACAUCGAGAUUUUUCAGUUUUCCUUUGUAAGCCUGUGAUGAUAGACGGUGUUGUUUGGCACAACUCUACUACUACAUAAAAAUAGACUUAUUGCGAGUACAUGAUUUCUGAUGCUUGAUAUCAGAGCUGGUUUGCCCAUCAUGGCAUCCCACCGGAACAACAAGACGGUGUAAACUUUAGAAGGCAUCUGGUGCCCAGCGCUUCUGUUCCCCUCUCUCCCCCUCCCUCUCUCCCCUGUGUCUCGUACCCUCGGAGCAGACCGCGACACCACAGCACACCACACUACACCACAGCACACCACAGCACAGCAAGUCAUCUGGUGUCCAGUCGGCUCCCAUCUGUGAGUGCAUUUGGCUGCUCUGCCGCAAACAAAGCAUUGCUGCAUGCAAACUGCUACAUAUAAACAGUGAGCCCUGCUAUCUAGUUCAAUCUCUGGGUGGAAACUUUGAGUUUUGGGUUAUGGGUCAUCACCAUUUCAAUUACUUAGUCUGUAUUGAAGGGAUUGAGAAUCCGCAGUAACAAAGUGACCACAGCGGACAGCAUACCUCCUUUCCAUUUUGAAUUGCUGAUGUGGAAAGAAUUGUAAUGGUGCCGGCUCGAGGUUUAGCUACUGGCAGCUUUAAGUGUAGCCCUCCACUGAUCCGCGGCUGUGCAGUGUCUGCCCAGCCUGCUGUCUCUCAUCCAUCCUGGGUGGUAGGGUAGGGUAUAGUGUCUGUGUGUGUGUGUGUGUGUCCCUGUCUGUGUGGGACAGGUGUUGGAAACCCCGAGGUCAGUCCACAUGCAGCUGGGGCACCUAGACAGGGAGACGACUAGAGACUGCAAAUGACAGCAGGAUGAAUGAGCUUUGUUUUUCCAGGCUUUGGACAGUUUUAUUCAGAGAGCGUGGCUUUGAAGGGGGUCAGUUGUGACGGUCAGGUGGUGUAACGGCUGGCUGCUCUCAGUGGGAAUGGCUGCAGCCGCGAGCCUUCGCUCCUCACAGAGACUUGAGGGUGUUUGGGUAAAGAAGCAAAACUAAAGGAACCAUGGUGGGUGUGCAAGCCUGCAAACACAAACACCACCCUACCCCUCCUGUGAAGUGUUAAGUGGCCGGAUGUGUUUGGUGAAUGGGACACAGGUGUCUGGGCCGGGCUGUGUGUGCCUGGCCAGAGGUCCGUGUUUGUUUUCUCUCUGUAAUGGCCCCCAGCUCAACCAGAGCUCGUUGGCUCUCAAUGGACCGGGAUUGAGGUCCUGUUUUUUUUUUUUUUUGUCUACUCUGAGUCUGAGCAGUGAAUAAACUUGAGUCAAGAAAAUGUGAAUGAAAAAAAAGAAAUGUUUCAUUUUUUUUUUCUGUCUUCUUUUCCCGUUUUCAUUCCAGUACUUCAACUUGAAUCACGGUCGUCUUGGGAGUUCAUCUUUGAAACCAACAAGAUGAGAAAAAGUUAUUGGUGGAAAAACACUGAUAAGUCACAUUUUUGCUGGCUGUCGGUUACAUUCUCUACAUGCAUCGCACUGCUGCUGUUAUGAUGAUAAUUAACCUGUUGAUUUUUGUAAGGGCUGAUAGGUUAUGUUAAGGGAUUUAUCAGGAGACUUACCGGUAUAAAACUCUGCUAUACUGACACAAAUGUUGGGACCAGGGCAAGUCUAAAUGAAACGCAAGUCAUCCUACAACAAUGCUGAGCGGGGCUGGUGCUUUUUGAGAUUCCUCUUUCCGCCUUUAUUCUUGCCUUUAUCCCUGCAUUGCCUCUGAUCUACCCCAGCAAAGCAGGCGUUUGAAGUUGUCAAGACUCUGGCUUUGCUGUCGAGUCCUCAAAGUGCUCAUGUGACAGGUAGAGAAGAGCUGGAGGGGAGUAAUGUGACUCCCACAUAGUCCACAGCCUCCCCGGUCUCCAUCCUUCACACCCUGAGUCCCCCCCAUAUCCCCCCUGUUCUCAGCAGGGUUAGUCUCCUUGGUGAUGUCACUUUGCCAAACUCUCCUUUGUUGAGUCGCAGCCCAAAGGUGCGCUUUGAGCUCCACUCUGAGACAUGUACACACACAUGCAAACAGCCCCACGCUGUGUCCUUCCCAGGGGGAGUGGUAGGGUGAGGUAAUGGGUUGUUAACCCAUCAGCCACCUUGAUGUUUGGGCACAGUAGCGUCAGCAGUGGCUUCUAUCUGCUCCCUGAUCUGAUUGUUUGAGUGACCCUGUGGCCUCCCCAGAUGGCCAGCCUUCAGAGCUGGGUUAUGAUAACCAUACAGUUAAUAUCUGUCCCACAUAACUCCCCGCCCCCCUCCUUCGCACACUUGCUUGCCUCAAACUCUGCUCUCAUUUCUCUCUGCCACCCUCUGUGCUAUUGUGUCUGAUGCCUUCUCCUGAGUGCCCCUGUUUUAUUUCUUUAUUUCACUCAUCUUUUUAAAUUCCAGAAUCCAUUUCUUUUAUCCCCAGGCACAAAGGGCGAUGGCAAGAGACGCAGUCGCAAAUUAAAUUUGCUCCCCUCGGACGUGGGCACGAUGGAACCGUAGAAGGGGAACGAGAGCAAAGAAAGCUGGAGGAAGAAAGCCCAUUUCCCAUGCAUUACUGUCUCUAUCCUCAGGGUCCGUAGUGGAGAAACACCAACACCUCUAUCGCUCUUUUUUCUCACUUUAAUUUUCUUUUUCUUGCUCCCUCCCUCCCCAUCAUGCUCUCUCUCUUUUUGCCGCUGCUCUUUCUUUUCACGCAGCCUAACCUGAAGGUCUCGCUGCUCUUGCUUCUGCUGCUAACACAAUCUGACCCAGUUUAUUAGUUUGGGUCUAGUGAAUCAUUAAUCGAGGUUAUCUAACUGUUCCUGUAAUGAUUCCACUGUGACUCGUGUGUCAGAGCCUCUCAGUGUUCGUACGCGAUCAAGCUCUACCCUUGUGCUUCUUGCUUUACACUCAUUUGUACCCUAUCAUAACCAUCUUGCGGAAAAAAAUCAUCGUCCCUCAAGCUACACUAUAUGUUUAAUAGGUGUGCCAUGCACUGUAAUAUGUCAUUGUGUCAGAGCACAAUGCGAGGACUAAGUGCACUGAAUGCAAAUUAAUCUUGUGGGAUGGCAGCGGCUGAAUAGAGUGCGGUUUUGGGGGAAAGGAGGGGAGCAAAGGGAGGGACAGAAGGAGGGCUAAUAGUGGCGACAGAGAAGAGAGGGAGAGAAAAGAGCAUGUGAGGGGGAGGUGGAGGAGGGGGAGUGGGAUGUGGGAUGUAGUCAUCGCCAGGCCCAUUCAUCAUGCAAUGCCUGCUGGGAUGCACCGGGGUCAGUCCCGCACAACACAAUUACAGCCUGUUCUGGUGUGUUGUGCUGGGCUCCACUGUGUUCUGACUGUGUUCUGUUGCCUUUUGUUAGAUUCCCUCUGUUCGAGCUCUUGUUUUCCCCUCCGUGUGUUCUUUUCUGUGCUGCUCUGUGUUCGGUGGCACAUUUCUCAUCCACUUUUUUUUUCCUUCUUCUGUUACACAUUUUUGAUCUCGCCUUUCAAGCUAUCACUAAAUGAUCUGCGGCUGCAGUUCUUUCAGCAAAACAUCUCAAUUAGCGGAGCGUUUCUUUUUGUUUUUGUUUGCGUCUUUGAGAUUUAAACUCUCUACUUUGUCCCUUUCAAUUAAGUGUGUAUUCUUUUGCACAUGUGGUGCAGCGGCUAGCUGGGCUGUUGUAGCGUCGAUUGCAAAAAAGCCGUCUUUCAUCCACAUCUGACUCGCAGCCGCUAGCUUGAUUUAUGUGAUUGACAGGCCUGGUUAGCAUGAGGGUGUGAGAUGCUAGCGAGCAUGUUGUUUACCCUGCCUGGCUGACAGUCCUCCAUGAGGCUACAGAUGUUUCCACAAAGCUGUAAAUAUCCGCUGUGUGCUCUAAUGUCAGCUGGCAGCGUAUCCAAUCAUAAGGAUAUCUCUGUCUUCCUGUCCGUGUCUAUUCUUAAUACAGUGAAAGAGACUUUUUCCUGCCAGGAAAUCUUUUGGUGGUCAGAGGCUCUGAAUGAAAACGUCACGCAAGAAUCCUUCGACAACAGCUUUUUAAAGCUCGUAUCUUUUACUUUUGUCAACAUCACUGUGGCAGAUCUCAAGGUUUCACACGGUUGUGUGUUGCUACCACCCUACUGCCAAUCACUACAUGAAAAAUAGCUUCAAGUGCAGACUGAUGAUCUGAUCUGACUCUGAGCACUUCACAAGGUUUAGCUUCAACUUUUUCGGUGCUUUAAGGAACAAACUUUCUUUAGAGACUUGGUACAUAGUUUAUUUUGGAAAAUAUUAGUCACAGGCUUGAGCAAAAUGUAAACAACGGAAAGUUUUGUCAUUUGGAUCAGUAGGCCCUUUAUGUUUCUAUGAUGGUUGUUAUUAAAAGGGAAUGCACCAAUAGGCUGAUCAUGAUGACCCCUGACAGGUGAAAUUAAUAUCACAGAUUGCCUCCUUAAAAUAACUACUGCAAGGAACUAAAGCACAGUUUUAUUCAUGGGGGACUUAGACUGGAUGUGCUGCCUUACAACAAUAAAAACCUAAAAUCAGAUAUUGGCCAAUAUCUCAUACCGAUCUAAUACUACUGUUGAAUGAAUGAACUGUAUACCUUGCCCUGUGAGUCAUGCUUGACUUUAGCCUUGUUAAAAAAAGGAAACAAAUUAACACUGAUAUAACUUUACUCAAUAUUAUUUAUUAACAAAUAACAAAUUUCACAUUAGCACAAAGCAAAAACAAUGAAGACUUUUAUGCAUUAAAAGAAAAAUUAAUUAAAAGAAAAAGAAGACUGGACAGGAACGCUGGAUCGGCGUCAUUAAUCCGAUAUGUGAUCUAAUUAAUAUGUCAAUAUCGGAGCCGAUAUCCGAUCCAAAUACCUGAUCGGUGCAUCCCUAAGCACUGGUGCUGUGAACAAAAAAGUCAGCGUUCAGCCUUGCCUAUCAUGAUAAAAAUAUGAUUGAACUUGAACUAUUGUUGAACAUAGUCUUAAUUCUGGUACCAACUAGAAGGGUGUCACAGAUCAUUUUUCAGAGGUCCAGUUGAGUCCAUGUCUCGUCAUGGCUGUUUAGGCCUUGACCAGACCAGAGGGGGGCCAUCACAGUAUAAGGCAGGUGGCCACAAUGUCAUUGCUAGUUGUUGUAGUUCUUAAGCUGUAAUUGACUCUCUCUGUCUCGGUAAAUCCACCCCAUUUAUUUAAGAUGGGAUAUUGAAUGUGAGUUUAAAAUCAUCAAACCCCAGGUUGAUGUCUUAUGUUGUGUCAAAAAAUAUGUUAAAUGUACCUUCUUAUGGCAAAAAAGCAGAAUACUUAACGAUAAAGAAAAUUCUGUUUUGAUGUUUAAGGAUGAAGUUGUUUCUCUGUAUUUAUUAUAAGACAAAUUAUACUUUAAUUAAGACCAUAAUUAGUACAACUAGUAAAUAUUUUGCAGUAUAUCAUAUUAAUAAUGGUGAAAUAUUAUGCAGCUGAAGUCCCUUUCCAUCUUAGAUUUUUAGAUUCUAAGCCUCAUAUGUAAUUUUUAAGAUUAACCUGCCAAAAAUCCUUGAAAUGAAAAAUACUCAGUGUUCUCUUUAGAAAUGCAUUCUUGGCGUAAACAAGCUGUUUAUUAAACAGCAUGAAAGGACUGCAGGGAAUUGUGGAUUUUUCUUCAGUUGUGUUAUUUCAAGCGGUGAUUUCCAGUAGUUGUUGAAAGAUUUCUUGUUACAGAACAGAGGACAGUCUCAAGCAGAGGUCCCAGAAGUUCGCCUGCUCACUGCGGAUGCAUUGGGUGGAGGGCUUGUUUGGCUUAUGAGGACUAAUAGGAAGCCCAAAGAUUGACUGAAAGGAAUGACAAAUCUUGGCCAGAAAAUGCUGCAGCUUAGAGUAUGGAGCAUCUGGAAACAGUUUGAAACAAUGGAUUGUCUUUAGCAGACUCCCUGUCUAAGUUUAUUGAUGCCUCCCUUCCCUAAGUUUCAUGACUCCUGGCUUCCAGUAAAGGAGCUGGAUGACUGAAUGGUUGACUUAAUUGAUAUCUGAGUUAGUUUUCUGUUAAUUUUUCACCAUUAUUCAUGGGAGAGCUGCAGAAAGAGAUUUAAAGGAGUAACCAGGCAGCGACCACUGCAGCGAGAACCGCUGAGAGGUGGUUCAUUGGGAUGAGGUGCGGAAGGUUUUUUGUGGAUUUUAUAAACUCCAACCAUCUCGAACUGAGAGUAAACUCUUCCCUUUUAGUCAUGUUGUUGGUCUCGUGAUGCAGAGUUACUGCUGACUUGUUAUAUCUAACCACUGCGGUGUUCCCCUAAACUGAGAGAUCCACAACCCUUUGACAGUGAACUGAAUCUGUCUAAAAUAAACCAAAACUAUAUUUUCAAACUCAGAGGGUGUUAUCACUGAUAAUUGGUGAAUGUUCUGAUGCUCCCUGCUGGCUCCAAUCAACAGAUGAAACGUGUGAAAUCUACAGGAGUCUUUCCUUAAUUGGAAGUGGCUUUGGAGCUUUUUUUAAUAACCUCUUUCUUCUAAUAAUACACCCGAACAUGUUAUGGUAUCUAGGCCAAGCUUUUAACCACAUCCCGUUGCGGCAGGCUGGGUUGCCGAGUACACCUGCUCAGUGGCUCUUUUACCUGCAGACGCAGUGGUCUGUCUGUCGUUGAGUCCCUCUCUGGUGUGUCCUAAUGAAGCCGGGGAGAUGUGAUGACAUGCCUAGCAUCUCACUCUUCACCUAAUUGUGUUGAUGUUGGAGCUUGAUAUCAGUGCUGUGGUGGUUAAUCUUCCCUGUGAGAGGAAAUGGCGGAGUCAUCAAGGGAUAUGGCACAGCUAAUUAGACUUGUGUAUCCUUCCAUGUGCGAGAGAGGAGAUGGGUCUGAAGUGAUGCAGGAGAGAAAAUGGCUUUUCCCGGUUUGGAAGUAAGUCUGUGAUUGAAUGGGCACUGAAAGGUGCUCCAAAAGCUUGUCUGGAAUUUGAAGUAUAUUUUCUAAGUUAAAGUGGUAAAUGACAACAUCCACUUUCCAACAAAAGGAGAAAAAAGGGAGGAAGCCUCAACAUUCAUUACAGCCUGACAUUUUGCACAACUCUACAAAUCACCAUCUCUGAGGGUCUGAAAUUAAAGUCAUUUGAAGUAGUGCACAAAGCAAAUGACCCACCGGUACAAUAAUGCUGUUUUUUUGACUUCAUCAGCCCCUGAGGAAAAGCUGUUAAAAGGUUUGACUGAUUAGGGCCUGAAGCCACCGGCUCUCAAUUAGACAGAAGACAAAGCUUCAGCCUUCGCUGCUGGAAAAUCACAAGUAAUGAAUUAGUGAUAAAGGUUUAAAAGACAACACCAUUAGUGGGCCAGGCGGGAGGAGGUGGGCUCCUUUCCUUGCCAUUUGCAGAGGAGAUAAUUUGGAGUCUACAGGAAACACAAGUGAAGCGCCCCAGAUUCCCUUUUUUUAUUUUUCUCUUAUAAAUUAUCUGAUUUUCUUCCCCUCUGGCCACCAGUGACAGUCAUAUUAACCUCGUCUGUGCUGCGCUGUCCUCAUGUGACCUUGAAGUCCUCCCUGGUGAGGAGUGGUCAACUGUUCUCACUGGAGCUUGUAAUGCAAAAUGAAUCCAUCGCUCCAGGGCUGGAGGAUCAAAUAAUAUAUUAAGAUUAUGUUGCGGGCUGUCGCGCAGCACUUGGGUUGAGAAAUACUAUGCCAGCAGAAAAUCUUGCAGAGUCAUGCUUUGAUUUUUUUCAAGCUGCCUGAGGGCUUGUUUGAUUUAGUUUUAGAUUACGAGCUAUGGCAGGGACAUCCACACCGCUCGCACCCUCCCCCACUCAAACUUUCUGACCGCCACUACAGGGCUCGUAUUCAUCGUCCUGUUUGCCACUUAGUCCACUUUGGUCCAUCUGUGUCCACCUCAGCACUGUCACCUGAGUGACCACUGUUGUGCACAGAAGAAACGGGCACAUCCUUCAGCUGUUGCUUCAGCUGUUGUGUGUCCUGUGCCCACAGGGAGGGCCCGACGCGUCUCCGUCUCUGUUAUUAUAGGCUCUUUAACAUAUUUACUGUUUAUUGCAAGGUUUCACGACACUUUAAAUCUGAAUAUAGACUCAUGGUGGUCUUUUCACAAUUGGUAUUUUAUGUCACAAUGCAUUUAUUUAUUGCAUUGCUUAGAUACCCAAUCUAAGCUACCAGGAUUUGUUACAAGGCCAGUUUCAAGGCUCAGUAUAACGGUCCUGUAAGUGACACUGGUCAGUGGUUGUGGUUUUCAUGGAUGUGGCGGCCUUAGGUCAGCAUGCUUGUGCUGCAUAAUGCGAGCUGUCAGUGUUUUAUCCCACUGCUUUAAGCUCUAGCCUUAGUUAUUUUUGACCAAAAGUGAACUCAGAUCGGACAAAAUAAGCCAGUGCUGAGCUCCUAAGAGAAAUUAUUUAACACGCCAGAUAAAAUGACAAAAAAAGACUCCACAGAAUGUAACAGAAUGUUAGCUUUUCUAUUAAAUUUUUAAUUUUGCUGACAUUCAGAGCAACUUUCCCACUCGCAGUUAAUUUCUGACCUCAUUACAGAGAAAGGAAAGAGGUUAAACAAGUAUUAAUGACUACAACAGUUGCUUCCACUGCUCUCACAUUUCAGCAAAGCCACUCUGCACUGUGUACUAAGCUGCCCAGUCUUGUCCCAGAGGUUACUCUGUCCUGUCAUGUGGUUUUUAAACCAGAGACCUUGAGUUACAGCAAAUAUCUCAGUGACCUGGGCGUGAUGUUCACAACAACCUCUGCACUCCUUCUAUCGUGUUUCUAUGAUAGUAACAAAACCCAGCAACAGUGAGCGAAGUGAUGUUCCUGUCAGUGAGGUGUGUGUGUCUGUGACAGCUGUGUAAUGGACAUCACGCUGUCUGUCACUCUCGCAGCCGUCGCGUCACCUUCCCCGCAGCCUCGCCCCUUCAGCUGAUGUAACGGUGACCUCACCCUCCUUAAUGGAAUCCAACCUUCCUUCCCGUCCCCCUCUGCUCUCAUCAGCUUCUUUUCUCUAAUUAGAUGAGGGUGAUUUCAAUAAAGUUACUGUCGUCCUCACUCCAUUAGUUAUAUUAACACUCAGAUUCCUGCCCUGGAGUCGUCUAUCUCUCCUCCGCCUUUCACCGGGGGGGCCAAUCCUCUUCUUUUCAUGGAUCUGUGUAACCUAGUUACUGAGGCCCAGCGGGGGAGGCCAAUCAAUUAAUGAACAAAGGAGCCCGCUCGCUGAGCAGCGGCGCGAGUCUGGGACUAUAAACAGGGCGCUCCCAAAACAUGGUCGCUGUCAGGUCGGUGCUCAUCUGAUGGAUGUUGUUUUGCUUUGUUGUGUUGCGACUGUGUGUCUUGAAGCGCUUUUUCAGACGAGUCCAAAGCUUGUGGAUGCAGCAGUGUUACCUGUUUAAACAACCAAUAUUCAGGGAUUGAGAACUAGCAGAAAGAGGAAUAGGUGAAAGUCUGCGUCCAUCCUUGUUAUACAGGACCGUACUUUAGCUGCAGGUAAAUGGACUGUGGCAGUCACUGACGCUGUGUUGUUGUUUUUGUGCAAACCCUGAUUCCCUUCAGACAAACUGUGGGGCUUAGCCAACCCAAAAGGUAUGUGGUCAAAGGUUAAACGUCUAUAUUCAGUUCUUCUGAUCUGUCCUCUAUGGCAACAAGCUGAUUUAAACAGACAGUCCUCCUCCUCUGCCCACCUGUGCCCCCUCACUGUCUUUCACCACUUUCUCAUCCUUCCCUUUUCUCAAUAAGUCUUUUCAUCCUAUUGAAUCCCCCUUUUUUUCCCAAUGCUUCACCUUUUUUUUUCACAUCCCCUCCCUUCUGUCCCAUCUUUCUUCUCUCCCGCCACCCGGUCUCUCUCUGUCAUCCCCUUUUUUCUUAAUCCGGCUAUCCGUCCCCUGCGCUCCCCUCCCUGGAGUUUCCAGCUCUCUGUCUCCGUGUGCGAGAUCAGGGAGCCGGCUGUUGUAACAAGCUGUUGAAUAAUGUAAGCACAGGGCUAUAGGCCAGAGUUUCAGUUAACCCUUUGAUCUCUGAUCACACAGUGGGUGAGGCGGACACAUCAUAAAUGACAGCUCGACAGCAGGGCCAAGCAGCCCCAAGGCCUUUUCCCUUCCGUCUCUCUCCGACCUCCACCUGAAGGCCAAAGUUCCCCCAUCCGGUUUCAUUGUCACGGCUUUUGUAAGCAGGAGCACAGAGAGCGUCCCAUGCUUUUGUUAUCCUAACAUUGAUGUAUAAUUAAAGGCUAAGAAAGGCAGUGUUGAAUAAUUGAUACUGGAGCAAAGAUGUCAUGGCAUCCUGAACCUUAUCGUACUCAGUCUGUUUCUCGCAGUGUGGAUAAAAGAUUUACUACUUUGCUUGCUUUUCUGGUCAUCUUGUUCUGACUUCACUGAUUCACUCUGGCACCGAGCUUUCUUCUGUCUCCGAGCUUGUAUCAUUAUUUCCUUCAGCCCUGUUUCACCUUUUUGUAUACUGUGUCAAAACACGAGGCCAUGGGCUGCAGAACGGUCUUAUUAAAUCCUCAACAGCAGUCUACUCUGUGUCUGUGUUACCAAUUUGUAUCAAUUAACAGACCAGGUCAGGCAUUUCCAAUCUAAAAAAAAAAGUGUAGCAAGCACACAAGGUCCCAUUAACCCUUUGUAAUCGAUACAGAUCCCCCCCUCCUUAAGUGCUUCUAGUUAGCUUUAGAGCCUCAUAUCCUGAGGCCAGGGAGUAUUGAUCUGUCCACUGAUUGGAAGUUACCCUUCAGGAGGUGAAGGAUAGCGGUGGGACCGGGGAUGUUUUGGCAGGAGAGGAAGGGAAAGAGCGGGUCCUCAUGGAUGGAUCGGCUUACUACUUCCAUCCCCCCACACACACCUGUUACAGCCAGCGGGAGGAAAAACACUCCACCAAUCUGUGCAAGGAAGUGUGUAUCUCAUUGUGUGUGUUCUCAUUAAUUGUUUGUCUGCGUGUCAGAGUGGAAGGUGCUGCUUGUGUGCUUUGGGAGAGCAAAUGGCUGAGAGGCGUAGCAAAUGAGAAAUGUGUUACAUGGGGUUUAUGGUGACGGCGUGUGCCUGAACCACACUGACUUUGGCAGCUGCUGGCCUUUUAUGGACGGGUGGCAGGAGACAGAUUUUGCAUUUUACAUGUCUAACACAGUCUGCUCCUCUGAAUGGGUUUCUGCGCCCAUAACCCACCGCUCACUAAACCGUGUACAUAGAGCAAGACAAAAAUCAACUCCUGCUGUCUGCAAACACAAGCGCAUAUAUACAUACACUCACCUAAAUCUGUCUGGUUGUAUAUAUGUGUGUAUAAGAUGCAUCACCGCUUGGUGUUUAAUCUAUAACUCUGACAGGUUUUCCUUGAACUGACAAGAAAAGGCAUAGCUUUUUCCCCACAUAGAUAUUCAUGCACAUCUCUCUCUCUCUCUCCCUGUCACUCUUUUCUCCCCUCUCCAAACAUAAUGAAAUAUUGCUUUGAUUCCAGAUUGUUGUGUUCCAGGACAUACACCAUGCAUGCAGCUUUUGGAGGCUUGACCCUAUGUGCGAGCCCAAGCUACCUACCCCCUCUAGUAAACUGAUAUUCGUGUGUGUGUGUGUGUGUGUGUGUGUGAAUGUGUGUGUGGUGUCACGGUAGGAUACACAGCAGCUGUAGAGGCGGCGGUGAAGAGGGGAAAUGGGAAGCGCCAGCACAGUAGACAGAGCACAGAUAGACCUGUCAGCUCCGUGACACCCACACAUGCUUCACCCUGUAGUCCAGGGCACGAGCAGAAGAAGGGAAAAGGAGCUCAACUGGGGACAGGUAGAGUGCUAGUACAUCGGAGUAGACACAGUCCCGAUCAAUGAGGGAGUUAAAUCUAGUACUGCAGAAGGAGAGAGUGUUUAAUUUAGAGAAUAUUAGGUGUUUUUCGGAGUGGGUUGGUGGCUAGGGAGGAGGCUUAAAGCUUUUGUCAUUUAACAUCACAUAUAUUUUUAUCUUAGUUAAUACAAAUAAUCUCACAUAAGCCUCUCUUAAAAAUAAAUUAAAAGAUACUCUGUUAAUCGACCAAAACAAUAGGUCAUAUAAAAGAUUCCAGCAAGUAUUUAAAGCUCCUGUGAGGAACUUUUGGUUUGUGUCAACCCUGGUUACCCCUAGUGACAAAAUAGUCCUUGUUUAUCUCGUUUAAAAGGUUAAGGAGUGUCUUUUGAUGUUAAAAAAUCUCAUCUCACUGACGGUCAAAUACCUCAUUAUAGUGAAUAUUUUAUCUGGACACGGUAAAAAACCAGAGCUGCUCCUCAGCUGCUUGGCUGACGCCUACCCCUCGCCCCAAUUUCAGGCAUUAAAAAUGGCCUUGGCCCUCAGGAAUAUCGAUUUCAGUCUUUUUCACAAACAUCAAAAUCUCUCAAUAGCUUCAAGCGCAACAGUGAUGUCGUGUUUUUGGUCUAGGAGCUGUUAUACCUGUGGGUAGAAAUAAUUAUCAGUAAAUACACACAUAUAAUUAGACAAGCUCUGUCAUGAGCAACAACGUAAAGCUCUGCAGCUAUCUCUCGGUUGGCUCGUGAUCCACGGCUCGACUCACCCCUUCUGAAAACUCUCCAGUGUCACAGUUUUGUGUAAAACAUUGGCUGAGCUCCUGAUAGAGUUUUGCUUUUUGUACACAUCCCCCUCUCACGCCCCUAAGCAUGCGACUGCUACCACAAGUCCUCAUGUUUAGGAUGAUAAGUUUCUGGUGAUGCAUCACGUUUGGCUGACACCAAAGACUUCUCUACUAGAGUGGGCAAAUAGCUACUAUUUCUGUCUCUUCACACUGUUUCAAACCUACAUCAAGUUAGUUUCAAAAUCUCCCACAUGCCUUCUGGCUAACGCUAGCUGAGAUGUCAUGUGAGUUUUUUUAACAGUGGCUUCCUCUUUAUACGUGCUAUAAAAGUGUGACUGCUGAAACCCCCAGGCGAGGGGGUUUGUUCAACGAACCGCGUCUCCCAUCCCUCCGCUAUGAAACUGCAGAUUCUUCUGAGCCGCUACAGGCCUCUUGGUGGCCUUCACGCUCCUGCCCUUCAGUACCAUUACACGGCCGUGGCGGAUUUAGUGUGUCUGUAAUGAUUGACCUUACUGUUUAUUCAAGGGAUAAUUCAGUGUGUAUUUUCCCCGUGUUUCUUGUAUAUUCUUUUGUUUCUAUAAUGGAGUUUCUGACUUGGAGAUAAUGACUUUUGUAUUGUUCACACACUGCCGUAUUCAAUUUCAGUUGUGUGCUCAACAUCCAUUUGCAGCCUUUCUUUACACACAGCUGCUUCGUGUUUAAUGUCUGAUAUUUAGCCUGUGGAUAUGUGUUAUUUUAAAACAUAUCAAAUAUCAUUAUGAUAUUCUUGUCAUUCUAUUGUUUUAAUAUUGACAUACUGUAUAUAGAGCUAUUGCAUACAAAAUACUGGCUUGUAAUUUGCUUCAAAUGCAGCGUCACUGAGCCAUAUUGAGCCCUUUGUAGACGUUUUCAUAAAACCCGGUUUCUGUUUGUACUUCAUAAACCAGCCUGUGGUUAUAUGUUAUUUUAAAACAUAUCAAAUAUCAUUAUGAUAUUCUUGUCAUUCUAUUGUUUUAAUAUUGACAUACUGUAUUUAGAGCUAUUGCAUACAAAAUACUGGCUUGUAAUUUGCUUCAAAUGCAGCGUCACUGAGCCAUACUGAGCCCUUUGUAGACGUUUUAUAAAACCCGGUUUCUAUUUGUACUUCAUAAACCAGCAAAGAGGCAGUCUAAGGGGGGGCUUGACUCCUGACUGUAGCUGCUUUAAAAACUGCAACUGAGGCAAAAAGAGAGAGAGGGGGGAGAAAAGCUGCAACUCAGCGUCAUAAAAACAUGCAGGAUUUGUAAUGAUUAGAGCUGCAAUCGGGAGGGUAAUUACUGUUAUUGCAAUAAGCCAAUCACGAAGCGGGGUGUUUCUAUGUAGUCAGAGUUUUAGUGUCUUCAAUUACCACAAUGGGGGCACGUGUCAAGUGUGUACUGUUUGUUUAUGUAGAGCGUUACUGUAUACAGCCCUCCAGACAAAUUUCCACUUCUAUCCACUUAUCUGUUGUUCUUGAUUGCACUUUGAAAGCGAGCUGAUGAUUACGAGUGCAUUUUUCAUGCAGGGAGGAAAAAUCCUAUCCGUUUGAUCUCGCAGGCAAAAUAUGGGCAGCACAACAGAAUCUCAUCUCUUGUGUCAGCUAUUCUUCCGCACUAUGAUAUUCCCAUGGGAACGCAUUUCUGCUGCGCGAAUCACAGUCGGAUCAGUGCGGGCCUGUUUCUUAUCUGGACAUGAAAGAAGGGGAGAUGGAAGAGGGAGGUGUGAAAGGAGGUGGGGAGACAGGGAGAGAGGAGGAGAGGGACGAGGCAGGGCUCCCUCGGGGAUAAUAAUACCUGAAAAUUCACUGGGCGGCAUCUUGAAUCUCACUCAUCAUCAUUUCAUGAGCAGGUAUUGUACUUAACACUAUUAUGCUCCGAGAUACAACCUCUGCUUGGCUGUUUUCCUCAAUCUCUCCCAGAUUGAUUGAGUAGAUUAGACAGUUAUACUGUUUAUGUGUGUGUGUGCCACAGCCUGUGUUACAGCGUGCCUGGGGGAUUUUAUUAUUAGUUUGAUAGUUUUCUUUUUAUUCAUUCUCGCCGUCUGUGAGCUUUGUUGUUGUUUGAUAGCAUCCUUGGUUCACACUGGGUCAGCGGAUCUGUUAUUGCUGUUCCGCUGCAGGUGUAAAAGUCUUAAUAAAACUGUUGUGCUUUAGUCAGAGAUUCUGUGGAGCUGGGGAUGGGUUUCCUCUGCUGAAUGGGAAGUUGAUUUGAUCAGCAGACCCUGCAGCAUGAAACCAAACUCACAAGUGCUGUUAUCUCUGCUUGCCUCUUCCACUCAGAGCCCCCCCUAAACUCCCACACUCUCUCACAUAUUCACGCACAUGGAGAAUUGCUUUAUCCACAAACGGUUUGACUUUCACCUCUUGAGUGAUGCCCAUUGUCUAUAUAAGGAGAGACCCAUUACGAAUCCUCAGUCCCAGUGGAGACAUUGUGCUGCCCGCCAUGCUCCCUUGUCCUUCAGCAGCGUCCUAAGAUGACAGUAGAUAAACAAUGGGAACAAACAGUCACUCCCACCAGCAUUGAUCUGGCUCCCUCUACCCCCUCCCCUCACCAACAACACCACAUUGAUUCCACCUACACUCAAUUUAUAUGAAAGCCCCCCCACCCCUCCGCCCUAACUCUCCCUUCUACCACACUGACAAAAAUGAUAAAUGACCAACCCUGUCCUCCCUCUGCACCACCUCCCUGUGCCGGGUGUUGGCUGUCUAAGGCGCUACAAGCCUAUUCCUCUGCUGAGAAAUCCGACCGAGUGAGCUACCUACUUUCUCUGGACUGUGUUCAUUAUUAUUUUUUUUUACCUCUGCUUUUUCUAUCUUUAGGUCUUUCAUAUAACUGCAACACAUCAAUAUGUCACAAGGGUUAUUCAAACCCUGAGGGAUGUUUUCUAAUGUCAACAAAAAAAAACACUUGGACCAAAAAGGGACGAUUAUCACUGACAUGCUUUAAAUGAUCUCUUUUCCUGUUGCUUAAAAAAGAUAGUGAUCGUUCAGUACUUCCUCUGUCCUUUUGGCUUCAACAUGUUUUUUGUAUCAAAUUGAUCUUGACUGAAUAAGAUAAGAGUUUUGAUCCGCUUUAAUUUGCAGUUAAGUUCGAAGUAUCAGCUAGGGCUGCACAAUUAUGGACAAAAUGAUGAAAUCAUCAUCUUUAAUUUUAGGGAUUUCUCAAAAUAUUUGUUGAUUUAAAAGCUGUUGUAUCAAGCGCCUCACCUACCGCCAAAGCCGAACUAACAAAAAAAAAAGUCUGCCCUGGCAUUUAGCAUCAAACAGCAUUCAAGUUUUACUUUGAGAAGAACUCUGACAUCUUUUUGAUGAUAAUACAGUUCAGUAUGACUCUUUUACAAGGAGUGUUUUCAGUCUGGUAUGAAGAAGUAAAUCAUCUGAACAAUCAUUAAUUUUAUCACAGUACACACGUGUCUUUUGUCUUUAAUCCUUAAAACACAGAGACUAAACUUAAACUUUGUCUUUCUAUUUCAUUAUAAUACCAGCUUAGUUCACUUUUCCUCUGUUCCUCUGCUUUAAACACACCUGAUCCUCCUGAUCUUAGCCUUCUUUGCCGCAGGUGUCACACUGCGCUCUGUCUUUGAGUUGUUCAGUUGUCAACAACAAGCCUCGUCAACAAUAAGAUCACCUGUUUAUGUGAUGGAUCACAAGUGAAACCUUUUGAAACACACGUUGUUUUGAAUUUCUGAGACUUAAUGAAACAGACUGCUGCUGAUUGCUCCAGAGCAGACGGAUAUAGGUGCUCUGAGUUUGAGUAUACGGAUGUGUCUGUGUCGGAGAAAACUUGUGAAAAGCAAACCGAGUGAAUUAUUGUCUCUUUCGAACAAACAAUGAGCAGGUGCAUCACAAUAUAGUAGAACAUCAUGUAAAAGAUGUUUUUACAAGUGUUUCAAAAAAAGGAAACCUUCAUAUAUUCUUUUCAUGACUUGUAAAAUAAAAAUAAAAAUUAAUCCUUUCAUUACUUUAAUUUUGUUAAUGGAGAUGUUGGCUUAUGAGAAUGGAUUAUCUUUAGAAAACCAGGAUUGUAGUGUCUCAAACAAUUAAAACAUUUCCUGAGAUCAAUCAAAAAGCAUUUAAAAUCAAAACAUGUCCAACUUUUGGAGAGCGUUUUUGUUUAUAUGCUCAACACUUAAGCUGCAUUCUUUACCAUGCAGGGCCAAGCCCGUGGCACUGCGUAGGUGUAAACAGGUUGAUUUGAUGGUGGCCCUCAGCCCAUAUAGCUUAUAUAUGUAUUAUUGGCCCAGUUGUCCCUCACUUUUCUCUUGACAGAUGCUCCAUAGAUUCUGUGUGGGGUUCAGCUCAGACCAAGGAAAUAUCACUGUCAGCAAACCAUUUUGUUGUAGUUUUGGCAUUAUGUGCUGGCGCUAUGUCUUGCUGAAAAGGAAACCAUUUUAGUUCACAUGCAAUAAGUUUAUGUUAAAAAAAAAAAGAAAAAUUCGCUUUCUUAAGAUUUUUUAAAAUGAUACUCAAAUUUAUUGAUAUGCAGGAAUAGGUUGUAGAUGCAUAGAAUAUAUCCUACUUGAAUUGAACAAGGCAACGCAAUUCAAAAAAGACAUCGCAUAGCUUUUUUAGUAUCAGUACUAAUCUUGAUUGUCGGAAGGCCAUGGUCGCGACCACAACUGGGGAUGUCCCAAAAUACCAGUGUUGACAGUAUAAGGGUACAGUGACACCAUAAGUUCAUUGGAGUCCUUCACACAGGCUCACACAGCAUAACAGGGAGGAGAGACAAAACAGAAGCAGCUAAUUCUUAAUUGUUUUUAUAGGCCUGGACGAUAUAGAAAAAAAGCAUAUCGAUAAAAAAUAAAUCAUAUUGAUCGAUAUCAAUAAUUAUCGAUAUAAUUAUUAUAAUUAUUUGACAUAUAUUUUAGUUGCAGCCCUGGAUGUUUUAUGCUAUUGCUUAAUGACCUACUUUUAAUAAAGAACACACAAGCACUGAAUUCAAAUUCAAACCUUUAUUCAACCACCUUUUUUAUUUUACCACAACUGAAAGUUUUUUUAAAAAGAACUAAAAAAAAAAAGAAAUCAACUUAAGGGGCCUGAGUGACGUCAGUAAAUACUGACAAACAUAAAGACUAAAGUGACCAGAAAAUCUGAUAAAUAAAUAUUUAAAUAGUCUUUUGAUGAAAAUAAACAAAACAAACAAAUAUAUAAAUAAACAGAAUAGCUUUAGGUGGGAAUAGCAUACUACCAGUUUUAACUGUGUGAGAAACUGCCCACAGCCUGGUGUCUGAACACUGAAAUAUUUCUCCCGGGGUCGGGAGAUUUAUUUUUUUUAAUUAUCAUGUGAUUGACUUGAUACGCAAACUGAGCACGAGAAGCAGGACUUAUCCACGCCGGUGUUGUGUCGUAGAAUGCACCCCUGCCGAAUGCACCCCCUGCUAGUAGCCAUGAUCCAAAUACUCGCGUCUUUGUAAAAUAUGAGGUCAUUUUCUUCCACUUUAAGAAGCUAAUGAGUGGACGGGAUGCAGGUGUGCAUUCUUCUCACCUUUUCAACCCCUGACCCAUUUUCAUGCCUGAAGCGCUGUGUUUGAGAAAUACUUGCGGCCGGGCACUUCAUAUCGCGGGUCGAGAGUGGCUAGAAGCUGGUCGAAGCCAGGCUUUUCAACGGUAGUUAUUGGCAGUAUGUCCCUCGCUAUGGAGCAUGUUACUGCAUGGGUGAUGUCCUUAUGCCGCUCGGACGCUUUGUCGUAUUUUGGCAAGAAACGAAGUCCAGUUUGGUCUGCUUCACAUGCUUUGUGCUGGUGCUGGCAGCGGUUCCAGAGGAUUCCUCCUCCGACGACGUGGAGCCGCGGCGCGGCCGACACAGCUCGUACUCCUGCGGGUGCGAUCGGUUUAGAUGGUAAAACAAGUUGGUUGUGUUACCAGACUUGGUUUUUACCAAUUCUCUGCAAAUUUUGCAAACGACCGCUGUUCGCUUUUUGUCAGACUUCUAAAAACCAAUACAUUGCCAUGCUGGUGAACUACUGACAAUGUCCUCCGCUUCUCCUUGCUGUAUCAUUUUUUCUAAUACACGUGCUGUCUGUUGUGGUUUGAUAGGGGCUGGGCUUGGUGCCGUAGCGUACCUGGGUCUGCGUUUGUGAUUGGUUGGGAGGAAGUAAUGACUGUAGUAAAAGCUACAUGAUAGGCUAUGAUGAAAAAGAAAGGGAAACUGUGUUUUUCUAUCGAACUUUUUAUCGACCCGUUUUUUUUCUAUCGCAGCACACGUCUAUCGAUCGAUAUAUAUUGUUAUCGAAUUAUCGUCCAGCACUAUGUUUUUAUUCAGACCCACAAAUUAUGAGCUGCAGGAAGUAGAUUAUACUAGAAAAUGAAAGCAUAGUUUUUCCAUGCGGGAAAUAAUGGAAAUAUUGUGCAGCCCAGCCUGAAAGUAAUCCUGUGAAUGCACUUUUCUGAAACUGUGUGUAUAAGCUCUCCAAAAAGUCAAUGGUCUCAGGUUUAAACAAAUAAAAAAAAUCCUGUACAAAUUGUGAACAAGGCAGCAUGAACAGCCAGUGCAACAUUAGCCAAAGCUAGCAAAAUAUCAGCAAUCUGUGUAUUCCCACUGAUACUUUGUAUUGUGUAAUCCUGCUCAGUUUGGGGCAAAACCUGGUACCAGCCUAUAAUUAAAUCUAGGUGUUAGUAAAGGGAAGAAAAAAUAGCAUCAGAGCAGCUCCAGUUAUGAGACAGUUUGUCUCAUUUUAGCUAAUCUUAUGUAAGUAUUUUUAAUGUAUUUUUCUCUCACCAAGCUGUCCUCUGCCAUAUUUGUCUGCACUAUAUAUAUAAACAUGUAUACAAAUGAUGCCUUUAAUAGUCUUCACAGGUUUUCUUAUAAUUCUAUGGAUCUAGUGUCCCCCUGCCUGUAAAUGGGGCACUGUGUGUCUAUUAAUAGAUAUACUGUGUUAGCUUGCUGUCGGUGGUAUCAGCAGGAAGAAAGGUAGGGGGUAUAUAUAGAUAUAUAUAUUUGUUUGCUUUCCCUGUGCGGUGUUUAGGUGAUCAAGGCUAUUGAUGAAGGUGUUGGUUCCGCUCUAAACACUCCACCUCACCACCUAGGGGAGGAACACCGCUGAGAAAAGUCUCCUCCAUUUCACGACUCGGCUCCACCAUUCCCUAAUGACCCCUCUCCCUGCAUCGUCUCCACCCCACCACAGUUUUCCCAUCGCUCUCACAGCUCAUCCAUACACUCCUUUUCACACUGUGAGCUAAUCCAUUUUACACUUCCUGCCGCUCUCAGAUCUCUGCUUGAGAUCCCAGAUCUUAAAGAAGACAGAACGUAGGGGAAUGUAGCCUUGAUAAGGGUGUAGCCUCUUGAUGAGAAAGACUUCAGAGUGUAAUGUAUUCUUCGCCUUCCCCCUCGCCUUUUUAUUCAUCUCAGUCCUGAUUGUCCCCUCGUACCAUAAAUGUGUAAUCAUGCCAUUAUGCUGAUGCCCGCUCAGGUUAUUUUCAUGUAGGGUGAUAUUUGGAGUGAUGGGAUCUCAAUCCCUUUUAAUGGAAGUGUAGGGGAGGAUCUUGCGUAGCCUUGUGCUAAAUUUACAGUACAGUAGCGGUACAGAAAUGCCCCAAUUCCCUCUAAUUGUCAUUGAACACACUUUAGCUGUCCUCCCAUUCUGCUCAUAAUUGCUCGUUGGAAAAGAUUGCUCUUCCUUGUCAGGAUUUGAAAACGUGCCUCUGCCUCGUUUUCCCAUUACUGUGUCAACGAAUAACAUUGCAAUCAUUUCAAUUACGACAGUGCUGGAACCAGGGUCUUCAAGUAGGGCCUUGAGAUGUAAUUGGAGGGGCACGAGCGAAUUGAGGGAAGGCGUUUUUCUUCUGUGAAAUUGCCUCAGUCUUGGGGACAGUAAAUUGAGGUGCUGAGAAAUGAUGUGAUAAUUCAGCCGCAUGGUUUGGUAGGGGGGGAAACUGUCUGAAAGUCACUUUCUGGAGAAUUAGAAGGCAAAACUACAUUUCCCUCCCGAGUCUUCUGUCCUUCACGCAGUGGCAUGAAAUGAAUUGAUGAGACGGAGGAAGGGGAAGGUGUCGCUGUAAAUGUUUGCUGCAAAAAUGGAGCAGCCUGCUCGUGAAUUCAGAUUGGCUGAGAGUGGGUGGCGGAAGGAGUGAGGACUGCGUUCCUCACUGUUUCACGGCCAAAGCCUUUAAUAGCUGCUGCCACAAAGGAUACAUAAAAUGGAAAUCGGAUAUCAGAUUUAUUGAUUUUAUAUUGAUUAAUUGCCAAGGCUGUCGUAAAGGGGGAAAACUGCCACAGUGGCAUUUGAAAGUAGCCUUUUUAAGAAGUCUUUACGCCUUUCAUGAGCCUGUUGCUGCUUGAGAUGUGCCUCUAAAGAAACAUAAAAAGUCUCGCUUUUUGAAGUUUAAGCUCUCACAAGUGAGGUAAGGAGGCUGAAUGCAAAUAUGGUUAUUUUUCUUGAGCUCUGCUUUGAGCUGUUUGUGCUUAAGACUGCAAACAUUUUGAUCGUAUAGCUGUUGACUCUAGACUCAAGAUUUUGGUCCUCUCAAUGAGAAACCCAUAGGCCAUCUCAUAAACAUUAGGGGUAAGUAAAAAAAGUUUUUCAACCUCACUCUCAUGUGUUUAACCCGGAAAUCAAAGAAACCAGUUUUGUGGUUGUUGGUCACAGUAACACCUCUUGGGUCCUCUAGUGCGUCUCACACAUGGCAUCUCUUAACAGGACAAGGAGUAGAGACAUUAGGGAUUUUAACUUGUGUUUCUGUUGGACUUCAAUCUGGUUGUCCAAAAAAAAGGUGCGAAUAAUGCCCUACUGUCUGGAUUUGGGUCCUCACAUGAGUCACACUCUUGUAGUUUGGGAUAGCCUUUUUUUUUUUGGCCAGCCAGUUUGGCCAGUAAUGUUCAAGACUUCAGGCCAGACGCCAUUGCCCAUUUACUGGCAAGAAAACACAUGAAAACACUUACAACCAAGAUGCAAUUUCAAAUUAUUGUCUGGGAUCAAUCUUUGGAGGUAUUAACAAUCAACUAUCCAUUAUGGGUUUAACAAAAUACAAAUGUGGAAUUGCUGCAAUCAGACCUGCAGUGUCCAGUUUUCUGCGUACUUGUUCUUAUUAAGUAAAAUAAGCAUGUCCAUGUAAACAGAUGUCAGGUCGCUAAGAGGGCACUGCUGUUGCUGCUAAGCAGACUUACAAAUGUCUGGGAGAUCUUUCUAGAUCGACUUGCCACCAGUCUGUCAGCUUUGUUUCCAAUGAUUUGGAGAUGUAAAGAUUAAAAACCAAAAAAAAAAAUCCCAAACCAUAGUGUAGGAGCUGUUGUGUGUGUUCCCCUAAAAACGAGCUCUCUGAGUCAGAGAAAAUGAGAAUUUGUACUAUGAGACUAAGUGUUGUUUUUCUCUCUCUGUGAUAGAAAUAGAAAACAAAAAAGUGUGUUCAAGUUGGUGCAAAUUUCUCUGGUGUACAUCCUGACCAUUUUGGGUGAGAUUGAGAUACGGUCAAUGUCAUGUGAACCAGCUGACCAGCUACUCUUUUACAUAUAUUGAAUGUUUCCUCUUACUCUUUUUCUUUUUUUAAAGAAACAGUGUUUUCCUGUUGCUUUUGUUGAGCAAAGUUGACUUCAUGUGAAAUAGACCAAAAGCUGCUUGACGUAGACAAAUGUAACUCUAGUUCUAUGUAAAGAAUUAAUGAAACGGGUUGGAAUAAGUUGACCAGCAUCUGGACUCAGGUUCCUCCACUGAUUUGUAUGUGGGCCAUCUCAGAAAUGGACUGAGAGUAAAGGUGCACAGCCUCUUAACCUCUCUCUCUAUAUGUAAUAAUGAAUUCUAGCCUGCGUCUCUCUGUUGUGUCUCUUCUUAAUCCCUUCAAGGCUUCUCACACAGUAACACACAGCUGCAGCUGGCAUAAGCACAUUUGGAACUGUUUGCUGUGUCAAGAUUAAAAGGAUUACAAAUUAGGGAUUACACUAACGUUAUUCUUACCCAUUUAACCUUGACCCAUGCCCUAGUGUACAAUUCAGAGGAUCAGACCAGACAGGUUUGUGUGUGUUAGGCCUGAAUGUAUGCACAAAAGCUCAAUCAUAUUUGUCGAGGAAUGAAUACAAACAAAACAUGUGUGCUUUGUUGUGAGGUAAUUUGGAUUCUGGAUCUUUUAAUGAGUCUCUCGGGUCUGACUCUGCUACGAUUGAGCUACUUUGGUGCAUCAACACACAAAAAGUGAUAACAACAGUAGCCUUUGGAUGAGCGCCUCGUGGAUUACUGCCCUCCACUCUGUUUCCAUGCCCCUGAACACAUCGUAACUCCAGCGUUUCCAUGGAGGACGUGUGGUUGCCAAGGCCCGCGGUGAUUGAGCACAGAGGGUUGUCGUUCAUUUCUGUCAGUUAGAGGGUAAGGGAGAUGCGCAGGAGGGGGAGAGUAGGUGUCACUCUUGGGUCUUGAGGGUGCAGAGGGCCGAGCUCUCCAUUAAAAGUUUAUUUUAUGUAAGGAACACCCACAGCUUCUCUGGCUCUGGUGGACAGUGUUAAUGUACUGACUCACCUUUCGAGCCCUGGGACACUUGGGCUCAUUCACGCUUCAAGGGUGGGGGGGUGGAGGCAGGACGUGUGAAGCUACAUAUGGCCAGCCCUCACGUUGUUUAUCCAAAGAGUUGUUACAGCUGAGCACCAGGCUCGGUCCCCCCUUGUCCUCAUCGUCCCUCAUUAAUCUAGCAGUAUGCUUCUGGUCUGCUUCCCAUGGAGUCGAGGGAGCAGGUUUGAGUGACCACCCACCCUGAGGAAAAGCAUUAGCCUGUCCUCUCAGGCGUCACCUGUUAUUGUUUAUGCUCCCACUUCAUCAUGUCGCCAUCUUUCAGCUGCUAUAAAAUAAAGAGGCAUUAUUUUAAUUGAUGUUUGUAAAGCUGUGAGAGUGAUGGUCACCCCAGGGUGAAUUUGUCACAAAUUUCUCCUGGCAAUCUGUUUUUCCUUGUCAGGCGUUGGUAGUUCAUCAUUUUCCCCUUCCCUUCGCUUUUGUCUCCCCCUCUUCACAUCCUUUCCGUCUUACUGCUCCCCCUGCCACCUCCAUUUAGGAAGACUUUCAGACCACGUUAGCAAUUACAGAGCUCACAUUCAGCCUUGGAUGUUUCCAUUACUGAGAACGAAAAGGUUGGCUAUCAGAUACACAUUUGUCUCCAUCUGCCUCCCUCUUUAUGCAUGAGUUAAGACACUGACUCCCUUCGGCAGACUGAAACAAUCUGGUUCCUACACACCUUUUGGCUGCGCUUUACCUUACGGAUAUGUCUGCUGGCUAUACCUCACAUCAGCCACUGCCGUGCAUGAAAUAUUCAUGUUCUCUUUCCUUCCUCCUCUGCAUUUUUGCAUCUAUUAAAUCGUUGGAAGGUAGGACAGAGACAUUUGCGGUUGUACAGCGGCCUCUUUUAAAGGUAUAUGGCGCAAGAGUAGAAGGCUCAUUAGGUGAGAUGGGUGUGCAGACAUUUAAGAUCCAUUAGCCAUUCAGUCAGCACUGAAUCCACAUCUCCAUUACAGUCUGAUGUAUUGUACUCUCUAUUUAUCUGGACUGAUCUCAGAGCUUUAUCUUCACACUCGAGGCCUUGAGUUUUCCCUCUAUUUUAGUCGCUCCCCCGCUCAGACCACCGCCCUCCCUUCCUCUCUCUCUCUCUCUCUCUCUCCCCCUCUCUCUCUUUCUCCCUCUCUCUCUCUCUCUCUCUCUCUCUCCCUCUCUCUCGCUUAUCCUUUAGUUCUUUGUAUCUCAGUCUGAAGGUCAACAUUAGGAGGCGGUCAUCGCUGCUGCGAACUGGGCAAGAUGUGAGGUUCUUUCUUUUUUCUGUGCCUCUGCUCUGUUUGCGCUUGUGUCGUGUCACUGUUUAAUCUGCUCCAAGCCGUGUCAACAGUGUCAUUAGAAAAAGGCCAGAGCUCAUUGUUUCCCUGCAAACCAAGAUAACAUGUUCUACCGCUGAUUAAUCAUUAAAGGAAAAUGGCUUUGAGAUUGCCUCUUCAAGAGUGGAGCUGGGUUGCGUAUGUUUUAAACCCUGAUUGCAUUAUUAACUAAGUAAUUUCCUCACACAAAUACUUAACAUAAUUGUUAAAAAUUAUGCAGUAUUACAUGCAAAGAUGUGGAUCAAGUGGUGGUAAAAACACAUUAAGGCACCUUGUGAUGAAUUUUUUAAAGUAGUGCCGCUAUGAGGCAGUAACUUUGGAGUGCAUGCUCUUGUAUUUCUUGCUCACAGUAACUGAACAACUUAUUUAAGAGAAAUAUCAAGUGGAAAAGUUCAUAAGGGUCAAAGGAAAAAAGAAACAACCGUAAAGAGGAGAAAAUAGUUGACCCAAGUGCAAAAUUAGGCUUACCACACAUGCACGUUGUGAUUGAUUCUCGCUGUUCCACUCGUGCUGGUGGGAGGACGAAUGCAGCAAAGCACCUCCAAAGGCAAUGAUGAAGAUGAGCGUUGGCAAGGUAACAACGCAAGUUUUAAAAAAUCUCCAUCUCUGGAAAUGUUUGACAGGGAAGAGGGUAAUUCAUCGGUUUAUUAGACAUCCAGGACAAUGAAUGUUAAAGUGAAGGGCUUUUUCCUCAUUGCAGGAUGAACAGGACAUAAAACGUUCAAAGACACAAGAGUUUAAAAACAGGAUCUGGUUUAGAAUUGCCUUUUUUCACUAACAUAUUGACCUAUCAAUUAUCAAAACAUAACCUGGAGAUUUAUCUAUCAUUUGAAUAUUUUGCCUCAAGAUUCUGCUGAGACUCAAUGGUGAAUUGAUUAUGUUUAGCUGUCGCCACAAGGGUUGAAGCAGUCAAAUAAAUCUAAAUCUAAAUUGGUAAUGACUGAGGGAUCUAUUGAUAUCAAUGCAAAUUGGGAAAAAAAUAAUUACAACCCCUUUCACUGGAAAGUUUCUAAAUAAAUACAGUUUUAUACCACUUGUACAGAAGUUUAUUUUAUUAAAUUAGGAAAUAAAAUCCCCUUUCCUGAAUUAGUUUAAUACAAAUUUGUUCUGGUUUUGGUUUGAGACACUGGAAUAUACUUCUGCUUUUAAAUGUGCAGUGCGUAGUGUUUAGCAGCAGGUAGCAAAACAGACUAGAUAGAAAUGAAAUGUAAUAUCUUUAAGGAUGUGAAGAUUAGUGUAUAAUGGCCUGAAUUGGGUUACUUUUUUGUUCAUUUUUGAGCUUAGAAUAAGACUUUUAUACCUUAGGAACAGGUCACGCUCCAUAGAAGCUGCCAUCUUGCACCAUGUUUUGACUGCUGCACAGAAUAGACAAAGAAGUACCAGAUGUACAUGUUUUUGUUUUGAAUGAGUGGUUGCAAAAAACUGCAUCAGUUUAAAGAUGAAGAAGAAGAGGAGAAAUAAAUCUUUACUGAUUGAAGUUCUUGAUGGUCAAAACUUGACAAAUGGAGGACCAAUGCCUAUCAUGCACCACAGGAGCUUCUUGUCCUGGGAGCAUUGCUUCAAUCAAGAGGCUGACUGUUAGGUACCAUAGAUAUUCCCAUUUCACAUACUGUACCUUUACGUGACAAAGAUGGUAUUGUCAUUGAGGACGUAAAGCCAUUCUGAUCCGCUGGAUGUUUUCUUGUUUUUCCAGGAUCAGUUGCGUCAAUGUGGCUUGCUUUGUGGCUCCAAGAUUAAGUGUCUGAAAUGCAUUUAGGUUGGCUACAGAGACACUGAGGCAAUUGCUUAAAAUUCUGGACACCUUUUGGCUCAAUAAUUUUAUAAGUACCCAAGAUGGAAUUCAAUGGAUAUCAUAUCGUGGUAAACUUUGUUAUACCAGCAAUUAUCCUGCUUUUGUCCUGAGAAAUGGUAGAAUAAUGAUCUGAGAUCGCACUUGUAAUUCACAACCCCUCUCAGUCAGAUCUAGACUUGGUUGAUGAGCCAUCUCACUGCUGAAGUUUUAAAUCUGAAGUGCUUAGACAAGCCUUUCCCGGAAGACUGAUAAUCAAAAAAAGUUCCAGGCCUCAGUGUCAUGUUAAGAGUCGCCCCCUUGUCUUCUCUCCUGCACCCUUGUUUCCAGCAGCAGUCACUUCCUGUGGCUAAUCAUACUUUGAUAUGACCUGGCACGAACCCCGGAUCCCUCAGAAACGAACAAACAAGGUACCAGGGGGAUCUUCAAGCGGCCAGAGCUGUUGGUUUUUGUCUGCUGCGCUGUGAUACAUUCUCUGAACGCCCACUGUUUCUUCACGGCCUCUCUUUACAUUACUCUGCCACCCUGUGAGGAGCAUUUUUUUUGGACACGACUCAGAGAAAAAGGAGUGUGUUUUCUCUGACUGCACACAGAGGGAGAUUUAAGGCAUCCUGUUAAGCUUCGCUGUAGGGCUGAAGGAGCACUCAGCAGAAUGCUGACCUUCAAUGCCUUAAACAGACUCUUGAGUUUUUUCUAAUGUAGUACUAUGGUAUGGAGUCAUGAAUGCUAACUUCAGCGAUCAAAGGAUUGUUUUCAUGGGAUUCUGUCAGAAAAUUGGACAGUGAAAACUCAAUAAUUCAUUGAUUGUAAUGCUUCCAGGUGGUUGAUCAUAGCCUUUAGCACCUCUUCUGCUCAGUAUAGUAUGGGCACUCUUUUAUUUUUAAUGUCUCUCACCUUUGAUUAAACCUCGGUUUAUAGUGUUACUGAUAAACCCUUUGAUGGUAUUAUCAAAUCCACUUUAUGUCUGAUCUGUGCCUGAUGAGUCUUGAUGGGUCUGGUGGUCACUGUUUAAUGUCUCUGGGUUGAGAGGGUUGUGACUAAUCUAAUGGUUAGCUAGAGUUUUGUAAAGGAAGAGUGUCUGUGUGUGUCCGUGUGUGUCUGUGUGUGUUCACCUCAAUAGCUUUGUAGCCUAAUGGACAGAGCUUUUCCAUGCAAAGAUAAUGAUGCUCACUCUCAUUUCUCCAGCAGGACCCUAAAUGGAGAAGUGGUGUUUUCAGAACUGACUAGCUCACACUGUUCUCAUGCCGUAUCUUGUACUUUUCACACUUGAUGAAGCUUGACUGAAGAGCCAGUGUAUUAUGAUAGGUAGGGGGUGUAUAUUAAGCAUGAUAAGGGGUUUGCUCCUUGGGUAAAGAAUCCGUCUGUUGCCAGGUCCGUCUGUCACUGUCAUCCACACCUCUGCACUUGGAUCCCGUCCACCAGCUCACUUUCCUCCAUUCUCCUGCACUUCAUUUGCUUCUUCAGACUUUUGAUUUGUGGGAAAUAGGGGGCGAACGUCCCUGGGGGUGAUGGUUUCACUAUGCAGUUUCACUACUCAGACUGGGCUGAAUCAAGAAUUGGCUCGCCUCGAGGCUUUGUUGUCACUCACAUUCUGACUAUUGAUUGUGCGGAGGCUACGUAAGCUAGUGUGUGCGUGUGUGUUUGUUUGCGCACACAGGAGUUAGGUGUGUGUGUAGGGGGGGAAAUUGGCAGCUCUUCCUUUGUGUAGGUGAAUACAAGGACUACUUUGGAGUGAACUUUUGGAGUGUUGGCACUGGCAACACAACACACAUCUCCCACACACAGCGAAAACCCACACAAUAAAGGAAGACAGGGUUUGUUCUAUAGGAACUGGUUCUGUGCUCCCUGAUUUUAACACUAUUUUCUUGUUCUUUUGUUUUCCAGGUCAGGAGGAUCGAUCCUGCGAGAAUGCCGCUGUUGAGAUGACCUGCAUGACCUCGCUUUUCUCAAGAGAUUAUUCUGCGAUCGAAAGGAGUGGAGGGAAAUCUAGCAGGGACAUGGUUGGCAGGCUUUCAUGAUGGACAGGUGAUGGAGUCCUCCAUCAUCUUUCUUCAUCAGUGACUUGGCCCACCAGCUCUCUUUCUGAGACAGAAGCGUGCACUUGCAGUCCAAGGCCUCCCAUUUCUCUGCCAUGGUGACAUAAGCAGCGCUGCAACAUGAGGGAGAGCCAACGUGAGACCGUCUCAUUUCUUUCUCCAGUAGCUGCUGCAGCUGCUCCCUUAACACCGUUUCUAUUUUGCGGCAUAAAAAACUGACUUCUUUGUGAGUAGUCCCCGCUCGGCUCGCCGUUUUCUCCAGAGACUCUCCCCCAAGGCGUGUUGCCAGGCCUGUGGGCUUGUGGGCCUGUGGGGUAGAGCGGCGUGGCUCGAGACGAUGCUGGGAUGUGUGACACGAGUCCGUCGGCUGGUCCGUCUCCUCCCCCUGCAGACCUCCCUCCUCCUCCUCUUCCUCUUCUGCACCAUCAGCGUCUUCAUCUCCGCCUACUUCCUCUAUGGCGUCAAGCGGGAAUUGGAGCCAUCAUCAGGAAGUGGCAGUGUCUCCGGAGCAGAGGGAGCAUCUGCCGACUCGGAUGACCUAAGGGUCACUCCGUCUCGGCUGCUGCCUCUGAGGAGCGUCUCAGGGGGGCCUGGGGCGGAUCCCGGAGGGGCUAGGACAGAUCCUGUGGUUCUGGUAUUCGUGGAGAGCCAGUAUUCCCAACUGGGGCAGGAGAUUGUGGCCAUCUUGGAGUCUGGCAGGUUCAGGUACCGGACUGAGAUUUCUCCCGGUAAGGGGGACAUGCCCACGUUGACCGACAAAGAACGAGGGCGCUUCACACUGGUGAUCUAUGAGAACAUUCUCAAAUAUGUUAACUUGGACGCCUGGAACCGAGAGCUCCUGGACAAAUACUGUGUGGAAUAUGGAGUGGGCAUCAUUGGCUUCUUCAAGGUUAGGAGGACACUACACUCCCUCUGCCUCCUCCCUCUUCUCCUUCCUCACACUCCUUACACUCCUCUCACUCACACCUUCUGCCCUGUCCAUCUGGCUCCUCCGUCUCUAAGGAGAUGGGAUUCAUAGGGUUGGAAAGACCUGCCUGGCUCAAUACCACUCAUUCCCACUGCACUCUUUCUCUGUGCUUCUAUCCAUUUUCUCCUUUCUCUCUCUCUUUUUUUUUUUUUCCUUCUCUUUCCUUUUGUUUCCCUCCUUUGUUUUAGUUUAUAUAAGAUCUUCUCUCUCCUCUCGUCCUCCAUCUCUCGCCCUCCUCCAGUAAUCCCUAGCUGAGCCUGUUUGCCCAAGGCCUGUUUUCAGGUCUUAUGGUUUUAAUCACCAUCUCUGAGCCAUUGAGAGAAUAUAGAAAAAGAUAUGAAGGCAUGGUUGUUGUUGCACUGAUGUCAGGCAGUGUAGGUGAAGGUUAGGAAGGAAAGCAGGGUGGGAUUUACUGCCUAUAGGGCAGGGGGGCCAGGGUGUGCAUCCCAAUGACCUGACACACAUAACUGCUGCUCUGCUCUCUGAACCAAACUGUUUGCAGUAACUAUCGGAUAUCUCAAGGACCAGUGCAGUAGUAUAACAGAUAUACAGUAUAUAUCAUCGCGUUGGAGGAUGAACUGUGGUAUAGAAACACGGAAGGUAUUUUUAGGUUAUCAUAAGGCAGUGAAGCCAUUUCAAGAAAAACAGAGAAAUGUUCAAAUGUUUAAAGGGUCGGUAUCAAGAUGAAUUUUUAAUGUUACCUUUAGACUUUGUUUAGGGUUCUUGAAGACCCCCAGCUUUCUUUCUUUUUAAAAUUUUAUUUACGGUCACACGAAAUUAAUUAAUUAGUUAAUUAAUUAACUUUCAAGGUGAUCUAUCUUCAGUUUAUUGACAAUUAGAAACAGAAGAGAAAAGCUGUGUCAUGGAGUGAUUUUCCAUUCAAAAAAGAGGGCAAAUGAGAAAUAAAUACGUGGCACAAAUAUAAACACAACUAAAAAAGCACUCAGAGAGCGCAGACUUCCGCCAAGCAGCUCAUGCCCCCCCUUAAACAACAAAUGCCCUGACCAGGAUUCGAAACCAGGACCUUUCGGUUGUGAGGUGAUAGUUCUAACCACUACACCACUGUGCCGCCCAUUGGUUAUCUUUCAGCAUUGAAAAUUCCAACGACACCCUUAUUUUUGUGUGUUCUGGAUCACAGUAUCCAAAAUUUUGUCAAACAAACAAACCAACGCUACCGAAAACACAACCUCCUUGGCGGAAGUAAAAAGGGGAACGUGAACUGACAGAAAAAGAAGAAGGGUGCAUCUGAGGUAACAAGUGAUGGACAUUUUUCUCAGAGUCCUCAGAUUUGAGUUUUCAGAGCUAAAAAGUAAGUUAAACUGUCCCUUUACAAAGACUGUAUGGUUUAUACCUGACAGUUCUAAUAUUGAUAAGCACCCCAGCAUAAGCCAUUUUAGUCGUAACUUUCCUAUUAACUGUGUUGGUAUAAUCAGAACCCCAACCGUGUGUUCAAGGUUUGGUGUAGAGGUGAUAUUUUUCCCAAAUUAAGCUUUGUGGAUCUUAAACCAAAAAGUGCAUAUUUUAGGACAGCCCAAGAAAAGGAGAAAAGAAGCAGUGAAAGGUGGUGGUGGCUGACCUUUGAAAUGUGAUUGGUUAUUUGUCUUAUCAUAGGCUUAUACCAAAAUCACUUAUUUGGAGCAUGUUGUGUCUGAGUGUGGUUAACAAGAGCAGAGCUAGUGCCACCAGCCUUUGUUCCUCAGAGCAGAUUCAUAAUCACAUAUCCAUGUUGGUAAGUGGUAAUAUGCUGCCACUAUAACCAGACUCACCUGAUCCCCAAUUUCUACAUCAAAGUACAACUAAGACUUGUCGUUCAAUGAGAAACCAUCUAUCCUGUGCUUGUUUACAGUCAAAUACAGCCUUUUAGCAUUAUGCCAUUAGCUCAAGCUAGAGGUGGGUUAUUGCUCUACUCCAGUAACUAGUCAACCAACUAGUCACCCUGGAACUAGCAUGGGUGACAGCAUUUUAACACUUAGUCGAGUAAGUCUGCAUAUCCUUCAAUAACCACUGUGAUGUUUUUAGGUGAAAGGAAAAAGAGCGUAGGAGGACAGCAUCAUGUUGUUAAACUAUUGGCAGUAGUUAGAUAUACUGUUAAAAAUAAGAACCUUUCAUCUGUCUGCGUGUGCACACAUACUUUAAUUCACUUCUGCUAAAGUUAGGGCCCCAGGUUAGCCACCUGUUCAAAAAGUCAGGGCACACCCCUGCUGAUCAGGUCUUUUAAGGUGUCGAACAAGACUCUUCAAACCAAAUGUUCUCCAUGAAGAAAGGCUUGAUUUUUAUCUCCUGUCUCAAAGUUCAACUAAUACAUUAACUUGACCUCCACAGUGUCUUCUGACUUUUGCCCACAGUAGCGUUAUUAACUCAUCAGAAGUCCACUACAGAACAUUAAGCAUCGUCUAGCUUGAGGUGCAGCGGUAACCUCCUGUGUCUCUGCUUUGUCCCUUUAGCAGUUUGUUUGAAGGGUACUGGAUUUCUCCAGAGUCCAGCUGACCCAAAUAAGAUGUCUCUCUGUAUAAUUAUAUUGUAUUGAAAUCUUAGGUGACUUUUGCAUGAAAAGAUAUAUGGAGGAAAUAGAGGAAAGGGUUGACAUACUUUUAUAUAUUGGUUUUAAUAAGGCCAGGUGAAUAGAGAGAACACACACAUAUAUAUAUAUAUAUAUAUAUAUAUAAUUUUUUUUAAUCUGAUUAUAACUAUUAAUUCAUACAGCAACAUGAUCUGUGGGACCUGAAACAUAGCAAAGAAAAAGAAAUAGGAAGAAAAUCAAAAUCCAAAAAUGAAUAACUUUAAAAAUCAUAAAUCUGUCUCAUUCGUUGUCUGACACAACAGGAUAGUAGCCUUUGUCAAGUAAUUACUUUGCAGUUUGUAUGGAACCCACCCACACAAAUCCACAUAAAGUUGACAAUGUAACUUAAGUUCUAAAUGAGAUGCAGGAGAAAGUAAGAUUUGCUUAUCAGUUGCAGUAAAGAUGUAAAAGAAUCAGAGGAUGACAAAUAUGGAAGGGGAAAUUUCAAUGAAUAAUCACUGAAACCUCCGUCUUUGAAUGUUAGAGGACACAGCAGGAGGUUAUUCAGUUUGACUGCAGUCUCAGCACACAGCAGAUUGAACGUAGCAGGUAGAAGCUGCCACAUGGCUCCACGUUUGAGCAGGCCUGACAUUCCUUAUUUCACACAUGAGUGGAGAAAUUGGGGAAUUAUAUCCAAUAUGUUUCUGUCUUCAUCACGCUCAUGUAUGAUGACUCUGUGUCAUUCCCGUCUCUUGUCUCUGUCUCUCUGUCAAACAGGCCAAUGAAAACAGUCUGCUGAGUGCACAGCUCAAAGGCUUCCCCCUCUUUCUUCAUUCGAACUUGGGUCUAAAGGACUGCACUGUCAACCCCAAGUCCCCUCUGCUCUUCAUUACUCGAUCCGGGCAGCCUCUACCAGGUCCUCUCCCUGGGGAUGACUGGACCGUUUUCCAAUCCAACCACUCAACAUACGAGCCUGUGCUGCUGGCCAAGACCCAAUCAGCCGAGAGCAUUGCAUCCAUGGGGCAGAACGCUGCUCUGCUCCCGUCUGUGGUGCAGGACCUGGGACUCCAUGACGGCAUCCAGAGGGUCCUGUUCGGAAACAACCUUGCCUUCUGGCUGCACAAGCUGGUGUUUGUGGACGCUGUGGCCUUUCUGACAGGGAAGAGGCUCUCAUUGUCUCUGGAGCGCUACAUCCUGGUGGACAUUGAUGACAUCUUUGUCGGCAAAGAGGGGACACGCAUGAAGGUGCCGGAUGUUAAGGUGAGUCAGUUUAUGUGUGUCAGAGAGAAGAAAACUUUGUCAGGAGGAGAAGCUGAAACCGCUCAUAUAUUCAUGAACUAGUGUUUUCGACAGUCCUUUGACGAUUAUAUAAAAAUUGCCUCACACAUAGCAUGGCCUAUCCCCCGCCAGUCUCCCAGAAAGCCCUUCUUCUCGCUCCUCUACUCCUUUUCAAUGCAUUCGUCCCAGCAGGCCGCUCAAAGCUGACAGGCCCCACUGCUCACACUGUCACACGAGCUCCACGGCGAUGAAUAUUUCAGGGGCCCUGAGACAUACAAAGAAUGUUGAAAAGCUCCGUGCCUGCGUCCCCUCAGAGCAGAACGGGCCCUCCUUACAUGUGGAGGCAGAGGAUGGAAGAGAAAACCAAGGAAGAAGCAUCAAGGCCUCCUCAUGGCAGCAAAACAGCGAGAUUUUAAGAACGCAUCACACCCUGACAAGAUGGAGAAAUGUGAGAGCGUGAGAGAGGGUGUGUGCUGCGAGUCUAAUCCAGUGCCAAGAUCAAAUGAAACAAACACCCGAAUCAGAGGAGAGAAAAAUAUCAAACAGAAUGAAAGAGAGGAGUAAGGCAACUGGGAGUGGAGUGUUGGAUGUUUACCGAAAGAAACUUGCAGGAUGAAAUAUGAAUCUGGGCGCGCGUUCAUGAAGGGUUGUUCACGCUUUCUCAUUAAUCUGCUUGUGAACAAGCAUGAGCUCAACAUGCACUGAUUCACUUUCCCUGUUUUUUUCCACUCUUUUAGGCCCUGCUGGAGACACAAAAGGAACUGCGCAUCCAUGUGCCCAACUUCACCUUCAAUCUAGGCUUCUCAGGGAAAUUCUUUCACGCUGGUAAGAUGCUGAAGGAGAAAUGAAACUCUUCUACUGUUAACUGGAGCGGAGAUUAGAUCAUGAGCUUACACUUUUUAGACUGUGAAGUUUUAAUUGAAUGUCUCCUUUAACCGUCUUUUAAGCCUUGACUUUAUUGUGUGUCCUCAAAAUUCUUCUCAAUAAUGUUACAACUUACUUUCCCUCUGACUCUCUGACUUUCAUUUCCUCUCUUCCUUAUCACUGACCUCGGUCCACCUUUGCCUCUUCUUUGUCUUGGUUCUUUUUUUAUCCGCUCCAUUUCCUCUUUACUCCCCCCCCCCCCUUUAUCCCGUCCAGGUUCUGAUGAGGAGGACCUGGGAGACGACCUGCUGCUCUCCUUUGUGAAGGAGUUUUGGUGGUUCCCUCACAUGUGGAGCCACAUGCAGCCACAUCUCUUCCACAACCAGUCUGUGCUGGCUGAGCAGAUGUUGCUGAACAAGAAGUUUGCCAUGGUGAGUCAUGGGGAUGAAAGGUCUGGGAGGAAGCAGUGAUUAGACGUGUCCCGUCUUCUGUGGCGAAACUAGAACUCCCAGCUGAGGCGUUGGUUGUUUGUAAUAAUCUGUAUGAUAUUAAUUCUUAUGAAUGCUUUUUGGUUUUCAGCAAACACUUCUACUGAUACACUGAUAUAACAGUCUACAUACCAACCCAAUUGUUCUAAUAAAGGAGACAUUUGUAAACAGUCUUGAUAAUCCCUCAUGCUGGCUAACAUGAGGGAUUUUCUGCACAACAACAAGACAGUCAAGGGGGUUUGAUCCCAUCAUCUAAAGCCCUUCCUCCUAUCAGCACAUCACUAUUGAAAAUGAUCCAAGAAAAGGAUGCAAAUAACUACAUGAAUAUAAGGGCAAGUGAUUCCAAUGACCAGUGACCUUAGUUCCAAAUUUAGUGUCAAACAUGUCACAUUUCUGAGUACUACUGCUCAUUCGUAAUGAAAGCCAGCCUUUAUUCUGACAGCAAUAAGAAACAGCAAGAGAAGUUGUGCUGUCUUGACUGAUAAUACUAUAUAUACAUGUAUGAAAUUGCUAAUACUGGAACAACACUGACAAAAAAAUCCAUUGGACAUAGGGUCUGAUUUCAUAAAAGUUUAAAGGAUUAAAAACUUGAUGAAUGUUAAUGAAGCGUACUUUCUUUUGACGGCUUAUCUUCUAAACCUCCGAACUCUUGAUUCAUGUAUUCUCUUCUCAUGAUUAAUUAUCUACUAAUGUCUUAAAAUAAGCAACACAUACAACUCAUUUUUAAUGUGAUUUAUUUCAAAUUCUCAAAUGAAUUGGAACAUUAGGAAACACAAGACCAAUUACAAACAAAUAUUUAAAUAAACAUCAAUGAUUACAGAACAACAAGGAUUUAUGAAACCUUUGAAAGUGAACCAAUUCAGACGAAUUCAUUUAUCUGAGAUGGGAUAUUAAGUUUUACUGCAUGUGGAGUCAUAAAGAAAUAAAAACAAACCAAAGUACAGUGAGGAGCAGUAGAUAAUCUUUAACACAUCAGUAACAACAGAUUACAGAUUAGAUCAAUGAUUUGUGUGUUUUGUUUUUAUUGAGUUAUUUUUCCUUUCUGUGAUUCAUAAUGCGAUAUCAAGGCACACUGGGAUUGGGAGCUUCAGUUAUACUCUUCGUGCAAAAGCUUUUGAAUUUGUUACAUCUGUCAAAGGAGCAAACCCAGUCCCAGUUAGAUUUAUUGAACGUCUGCCCUCCAACCCCCUGCAAUCACAUAUAUGCACACAAGCACACACACACUGAUCUAUCCAUCAAAGGCAAAAAAACAGAAAUGUAUGCACAUAUACAAUUUCAAUCUGUUACCAUUCUUUUUAUUCUUACACUUUCCAAGUUAUCUGCUUUCAUGUUAACCUUUGCGGUAGAUGGAGAACAGAUGGAGAAACAUAUUACAUACACCGUUAAUUUAAUGUCCUCACAUACUUGCAUCUUCAAAGUCACGUUUCAUCUGCGUCACUGGACCUGUUCAAGUAGCUUCUUACUCAAAGAAAGCUCAGCGUCUUGUAGUGCAUGUGACUCACACAUUCAGCAGCAUCAUCGGGAUGGAGUGCUGCUGAAAUUGGCAAAACACACUCUUAAAAAUCUGUGUGGCAAUUAAGCAUCUGCCCUGGGCCUCAAGCAGCGGUAUCUGUUUCAGUUCAUAUGAUUUACAUCUUGUGUUCUGCAUCAAGACUGCUGCUCUUAAGCACAUCACAGUUGUGAUGGUUAAAAUCGAGCCCUUCAACAGCAAAUCCCCCAGUUGUUCAAGUGUACUAUUAUAGUUAUUUUGUGGUUUUAAUGAGCUGGAAACAACAUUAGAUGGCAGCUAUCUAAAAGUGGUUAUGCCCUGUUUCAGGUGAUAAUCUUUUACCUGACAAAGAAACCUGUAAGAUAACUGUUCAGCUGCAGAGAGGAAAUACCAUCCCAACGGACAGAGGGUUUGGAUCAAAUCUGUGGGUAGAGGAUUCAAGUUGAUCGAUACGUUUAGUUUCCAAAGUUGAGUCAGGGGGAAAGAGGUAUAUAGGCUAAUGAUUUGACCCACGGUUAUAUUUACAGCAGGGCUCAACAGUGCGACCAUUUCACUCGCUUUUGCGACUAAAAAUAGAGGUGUGUUCAGUGUAAAAUGCAUUUAGAGGCACAUGUGCGCAUCAAAAAAAUCAGCAGAGGCAACAAAUGUUCUUUCAUGUAAAUACAGUGGUGAAGUUAGUUUUAGGUUGGAUAUUAAAAGACAUUCACUGCGGAUCUACCAGUGUCUUCUCACUCUCCAUAACUGGGAAUAGCAACAGUAGCGCGGUUAAAUCUACUCGGCACCCUCGCUGUCAACGUCAGGUGUUGAAUAAGGGACCAUCAAUAAAUUACCGGUCGAUGUUCUUGAAAAAAGGCUGUUUUCCUUUAAUAGCUUCCAUGUCAUGUGACCAAAAUAAUAGUACUUAAGUCGACCAAUAAGACACAAAUUAUUUGACCAAUUUUUAUUGUGCCCCUAAAGUUUUUUGUAUGCUUCUUACUUUUCAAAGUUAGUGUCAAGCCCUGUAUGGUCACCUCUAACACUCUGAGCCGUCAAAGCAACCAACUGUCUGUAGUCAAUGUCCAGUGGGUUAUUUUUCUGAGCUCUUCUUUCUCCUUAUAGGAGCAUGGGAUCCCCACAAACAUGGGUUAUGCGGUAGCGCCCCACCACUCUGGUGUCUACCCAGUCCACAUGCAGCUGUAUGAUGCCUGGAAGAAGGUGUGGGGCAUCAAGGUGACCAGCACAGAGGAAUACCCACACUUGAAGCCUGCCCGCUUCCGGCGAGGUUUCAUCCACAGCGGCAUUAGCGUAAGAUCACAUUCUACACAGAGAGCAUCCACAAGGCCUCAUUAUCCGGUUACCUCCAGCCUGUUGUUUUUCACUCAUCAUCAAUAACCUUUUCAGCCAAUAAUCUCUUUUCGGGUUUUCCUUCUCUGUCUACAUAUGCCGUCCUUCUCUCAUUAUCUCUGCAUCUCUCAUCAGCUCCUUUAUUCUUCGCUCACGGUUACUCUCCGUCCUGUCUUAUCCACCUGUCCUCAACCUAAAUGUUAUCUCCAAAGAUGCAGAACAGGAACUUAUUUAUCACAGAAGUCCUCAGAAAGGCAAUCACUGCGUUAUUUAAGCUUCUACCGAGUGGGAGAUGAUGAUAUAGUCGGGUCUUGGAUGAGUCACCCCUCUGAGUAGUGCUUUCCCAGCAGCCUUGGGUGUUAUAACUGAGACUGACACUUCUGGCAUAGCAAGUGUCUUCAAAAAACCAAUCACCAAAAUGUCAACAACCAGGAAGAAAAUCAGUGCUUUUAGCUUUGAUGGUGCUAGCCAGUGUUGAAUAAUAAAGUUAGGAGAGCAGAAUUAAAGUCGAAUAGAUUAUAUUCAAGUGGUUCAAAAGAAGGGAGAAAAAAUCUUAUCUAAUUCUUUCCCGAGUUGACCUUCAGCACUGAUAGAAAACAGUGCAGCCUCAGUCCGGCUCCUUUGUAGCGUUGGCAUUCAGCCGGCCUGUGUGGUCUCCAAGCUGUGUUCCCGUCCUUGAGAUAGCACGCUCUGAAUGGACGGUCUCCACUGCUUACUGAUGAUUGAUAUUCAGUUCCCCAGACACUCCAAACUGUAAACGCAUUUCCAUGAAUUUCCAUAUAGACUCAGAGUGAAUAAGAGGUUUGCUUUGGCUAGAUGAGCUGCAUAAUAUGAAUGUUAUUGAAAGCAAACAAUGUGUGGGGUAACUGCCUGGAGUGAUGACAGCUCUGCUCUCAGUCGAGGCCUGAUGUGUGUGUCUGUGUGUGUUUUUUGGGGGGGAUUUGAAUGCAUUUGUAUGUGGUUUUUGUUUAAUGACUGUGUGUGAGAGAGAGAGAUUUUUUUUUUCCCUUUGCAGUUUUUAUAACUUUGUCUGUGUUUAUUUCACAGGUGCUGCCUAGGCAGACAUGUGGUCUUUUCACGCACACCAUCUUCUAUAAAGACUACCCAGGCAGCCCAAACGAACUGGACAAGCUCAUCAACGGAGGAGAACUCUUCCUCACUGUACUGCUGAACCCUGUGAGUCAAACAGACAUCCACACAGCUCUGCCUUUGUCUCACACUCAUUCAACCGGUGGUGUAAAGUGAAAAAAACUACAAAGAGGAACAGGACAGCGACUGUCUGCAUUAUGGGUGCCCUUUUAUACUAAUUUGAAAGGCUCUUUUUAUUCUGGGAGAAAUGAAAAGCUGGAAAUUUGUUAACACAUUUUGUUUGAAGAAGAUAAAAAGAGGUUUGUUUUCAUUGCCAUAUUUGGAAAAAAUGUCACCCUGCAUGGUCAGAGAAGUGCUGAUAAGGACAUCAUUUUCAGUGUCUGACUUGGCAACACUAAAACACUUCAAAAUUUAAGAGCAAGCGCCUUUGAGAUUUGACCAGCCUCAACUUUUUUGGUCUGAUGCAAUCUCAAAACCCAUCAGCAAUCAGGAGCAAUCAUUGUCAGACCUUAGGAUACAAGUCUCUGUUAACAAAUGCCAAUUUCACAGUAAUUCUGGUGAAACCAGCAGUUAGUGUUCAACAACUUCUAGCCAAAACUUCUAUUUCAGUGCUGCCUUUAUUCCCGCCAUUUCUCUGUCUCCUACAUCCCCCCAAUAGUUCCCAAUAGUCUUAAAUUGAGUCGUUUGAUAGUAAAUAACACUCAGGCUUCAGUCUGACUUUAGAAAUGAGAAACCAAUUUUCUUGAGAUUAACUUGCCAGUAAUGAAUUUUUGUUAGCCAAAAAAAACUACACUGCAGAGAUUGAAUUUCUCUGUUGCUAUGACAGAUACCAUAGCAACAACUUCCAACAAUUUCAUAAUUUUUGGGAUCGUGAACAGUGUUAAUUAAAUAGGGGGAAAAGGUGUUUUCAGCUAGGUGAUAAAAGUGAAUACUGAGACAGUAGAGUAGUCUUCUAAAUCAAGUAAUCAGUAAUUCUAGCAGGUCUGAUUCACAAUGUUUGACUAGGACACUGUUUUAGUACGCUUUUCAUUUUGGUAGCAAAUAUUAACAUGCAUUGCUGCACAUGGACCACUUUAUUUACUUUAGCAAGAGUAAAAUCUUGGAGAAUAAUGAUCUGCAACAUACCAGUUAGCUGGGAGUCAGGUUUCAUAAGGUGCAACCAGAGCAAAUAACCACAGAGCGCACCUCUACCAGAAACACCUGAUGACUGAGGAACACACAACAACACAACACAACACAACACAACUACUUCACAGAGACUUCUUGAGUUAUGUUGAAACGGUUAAAAGCUACAGCUUUAUAUGUUGAAUUAGCUAAACAGGCAGGCACAAGUUUACUGUGUGUUUUUCCAAACUGAGAGGUGAAAGGAACAAGAGAACAUAUUCUACUUGAGGUUGUCUUUUUAUUUUUUUCAACCUCUCCUACAUUUAAUCUUUAGAGGAAAUCUUCAUUUUGAUUACUGGUAAGUUUGUAAAUUCAUAUUUACUUUCUUAAAUAUGAUGAGCUAUGAUAUUUAGUAAAUGUCUCUUUAUUGGUUGCUGGAGGAGCUCACAGACUACCAAGAAAUAUUUAAAUGAAGGAAUAAAAUUAAGAAAACUUUAAGCCCCGUCAGUUUGGUUCUCAAAGGACAGUUUGAUGCCUCAGUAAUUUUCAGUCCAGUAUGAAAAAUGUUCACACGUGUUAUUAAUACUUUUAGUUCUGCUACAACUUCUGCUGCUGCUAAAAGAUCUGAGUGUUAAUUUUCCUGUCCUUUUUUGGUAUCAAAUCAGGGUCCCCUUUUCUCAUCAUCUGAUACCAAAAUACUCCAAACUGCUUUAAUUGUCUACUAUAAUAAUAACUCUUUUAAAAUGUUUUUUUUUUGGUUCCUGAUGGUUAGGCCUGUCGCGAUAAUCAAUAAAUCGCCUUAUCGCUCGAUAAAUAAAAACGAGGUCGAUAACUUUGCCAGCCUCGAUAAUUGACGUGCGUUUGUUUUCCUCCUCUCUCGCUACCAAACACGCUGGAUGAGAGAAGAGGUCUCACUCUGCGCAUUGUUCUCGGCACCUGGGGGCGUUGGCUCUAUAGCGGAAUGAACAGAGUUAGUGAACCCUCCUGUCAGUCAUUCAGUGUCUUUGUCACGAGGGGGCCGGCGCGCACAGGCACACAGACACAGACUUUUUGGAUACAGUGCUGCAAGUGAGCGUCGUGAGUGAAAAGCAAGCUAACAGAAUGAACACGACAGCUUUGGUGUCUGAACCGAACGCAACAGCCCAAGUGUGGGAAUAUUUCGGCUUUAAACCAGUUUUGUUUUCGUCAACCACAAAACCCCACGUGUGUGUGUGCGCGCGCGCGGGCGCGUGUGUGUCUGUGUGUUGGAGGAGCACAGCAGGCUGAUGAGAGCUGUCAGAGCGGACAGAAGCUGCUCCUAUAUGUUUAGCGUUUAACUGACUGAGUUUUGCAACUCUGUUCGUCAUUUUCGUCUCGUAAACGCACUUUCGUCUCGUCACAUUUUAGUCAUCUCCGACUUAUGUUUAGCUCGUCAAAGUUACGUCUUCGUCGUGGGAGAAAAGGGAAAUAUUUUAGUCAACGAAAACAAGCAGUGUUGUUCUCGUGUGGAAAUUAGAGUUUAUCACUUUUGACAUGGUGUACUCGCAUUAUUAUGCCAUAUAAUAUCAUUAUCUAUAAUUUAAAAAAUGGUGUCAAUAAUAUCGUUUAUCGGCGAUAAUUUGUAGCACAAUUAUCGUCCAGCAAAAUUUGUUAUCGUGACAGGCCUACUGAUGGUCAGUUUUGACUAUUUCUGAUGCAUUUCUGGUAGUUUGGGAAUCUAGACAUUGAUUUGCCUUUUGGGACAGUGUUGAGAAGAUUUUGUUUCAUUUAAAACAUUGAUUCAGGACAGAUUGUUUGCUGCACUUUGAUGCAAAUAUCCUUUAUAAGAGAUAAAUAAAUAAAUCAUCACCAUGCAACCAACAGUGGUGUGCCUGCUUUGGCUCUUCACAUGAACUGUUUGUCCUGCAUACGCCUAAACUUUCUGAGGUGUGAUUGGUUGACACUACUUGGACAACAAACAAAGUACAAAUGGGAACCAGAACACUCUCCAUACUGGAUUGAACAGAUUUGACUUUUUUAUGUAGAAUCUGUAUAUAGGGAUUAGAACUUGUACAGCCAUCAAAAUAAGAUACUAAACCUUCUGGGCUCAACAGUGGAUCAUCGCCCACACUCUCAGUCUGAGGAAGGGUUCACAAAUUUUCAAGCCAAACUGAAAACAGUAUUAAGUUAGCCAUUUUAAACUGCAGUAGAUUUGGUUGAUGUAAACCCUCAGCUUUCCAAAACUAGCAGAAAGACAGAAAGAUAUUUUUGAAGUCUAGUAAAAGUGGUGAACUUAAGAAGUAGCUCCCUGCAAAUACUGAAAAAAACUAUUAAUAUUCCUCAGACUGUUUAAUUUCACACAAUCAAAUAGAAAUGCUCAUCAUUUUUGUCAUUUCUUGGAUCUUUGAUUGUUUGGUUUGUCAAAUGUUAGACCGCUAAAAAAUGUUAAUUGUUUCUAAAAGAUCAUAGCAAUAUUUUAAUAUUUAUUUAAUGUGACUAUCAGAUAAAAAAAUGUUACAUGAAUAGAAGUGAUCACAUUUUAAUGGCAAAUUCAAAUGAAUGUUUGACAUUUCUUUCUAGUUUGCAAGUCACUGAAUAAAUUAAUGAUCGCAGCUGUAGUUAAAAUUCACAUCAUGGCACAUUUCUCUAAUGUGUGUGCCUAUAUCAGUUUAUAACACCCAUCAUCUUUUUUACACACCAGGCCUGUUCUUUCCCGUUCACAGAUUAGCAUCUUCAUGACCCAUCUGUCCAACUAUGGAAACGACCGCCUCGGCCUGUACACCUUUAAGAGCCUGAUGAUGUUUGUCCAGACGUGGACCAACCUGAAGAUGCAGACGCUCCCACCUGUUCAGCUAGCACAGAAAUACUUCAGCCUGUUCCCCUCCGAGAGAGAUCCCCUCUGGCAGGUAGGAACUGCAUGUUGAUGAUUAUAUUUCACAUUUAAAAAGUUAUUUUUAUUUUUUAGUGCUAGACCCAAACUUGCUCCCAGCACUCUUCUCUGGUAGCUUUUGUCCUGUAAUGCUGCAGCAGUGACAUUGGAGUUCAUUAUGGUGAUCUGACACACACACUCUUUCUCCGUGGACAAUAUAUCAAACCGUGUUAGCUGAUUAGUGACGUGAGAAGACUUUGAUUUAUCAGUAAUGAAACAGAAAUGUUAUCCUUACAUGUUUUAUUAAAGGCCUUUCUUUGUUAAUGAUGUUAAAAACUGGGAAAAUCAACGAUUGUCUGCUAUUCCUUCGAUCUUUAAAUAUAGAUAUUUCCUAGAAUUAAGUGGAAAUGACAUUUUAAACAAAAGAUGGUUUAUCUUUCGUGGCUACAGGAUCCUUGUGAGGACAAAAGGCACAAGGACAUCUGGUCCAAAGAGAAAACAUGUGACCGCUUCCCCAAGCUGCUUGUCAUUGGGCCUCAGAAAACAGGUGAGGCGCUGCAGUGCUUCAGCACUCCCUAUGGGAGGAAUCUGGAAGUGAUUGUACAAGAACGUGUUUGCUGGCUGAUUUAUCAUGUUUAAUGCUGUUUAAUUGAACUGAGGUUUAAUGGUUUAUUUGAAAUAAAAGGCCUCAGUUAGAUUUUAGUUCAAAUAGUAGAGCUUAAUGUGAUUUCUUUUGUGGCUAUUUUUAUCUUCACAGUGCUUUUUUAACAUGAUGCACUUCUUUCAACCUCUUGCUCCUUUUCCCUUUUAUCUGUACAUAUUUUCAAAACUACUUGUUUUUAUGUCUUCGUUCAGGAACAACUGCUCUCUACCUGUUCCUCGGUAUGCACCCUGACCUGACCAGCAACUACCCCAGUAAAGAGACCUUUGAGGAAAUCCAGUUCUUUAACGGACACAACUACCACAGAGGCAUUGACUGGUAAGUAAACCUCUAAAACCCUGACAGUGCAGUGGCUGCGCUGAAUACUUUACCUCAUUAUUUAACCAUUCGGAAAUCUCUGAUAAUAGUGAAAUGGAAUUUGUGUUUUCUGAUUUGAUGUGAGACGUUUCCUUUGGUUUUGACAUUCUCUAGUUAUUUUGUACCCUAUUUUUACUGACUUCAUUAUCUUUCUCUCUCUUUCUUCUUGUUUCAGUCACUGAAAGCGUCUAACUUCAGGCUAAAUAAUUUAGUUUUCAUAAUCACCACACAAACACAAAGCAGUUUGUCAGUGGAUAUUAAUGUCUUUUAAAAAUUAUAACUCCUCCUGUGGGCACUCAUUAGAGGAGGCUGGUGUAAAAACAUGUAACGAUCGUUGAUGAUGAUGAAACACUGGUGUAAUAAGGUAAAGAUUGUCUUUACAGGGCCACUUGUAAGUGCUAAUAAAUGUUGUACAUCAAUUAGCGAUUGAAAAAAGAGUCUUGCGUGUACAACAGCAUCUGUUUGAAAAUCUGAAAAUAAUGCUCAUAACUGUUGAACACAGCAAAGAAUAAUAGGUGGAAUUUUAUAGCCUGUAGCAGUUAUGGUUGUUGUUGCUCAAAUUAACAUACUCACAUUGAACUUGGUGAUCUAAAUUCAUGUUUUUCCUAUCUUAAUUUAGGGAUUCAGGUUAUUUAAGAAAAAAAAGCCUUAAAUACAAACAUUUUAUCCUAUUUUGACUUUGCUUUUACUAUUAAGAUGGCAGGGGAUGCUUUUUGAAGAGCAAAUGAAAUGCAGAAUUCAAACUGGUCGUUAUGCCAAAGCCUUAUGUGACAAAUUCAGUCUUCAGUUUAAUUUCCAAAAGCAAAGUGAAAUCAGUGAACACCGUUUUGUGUCUUUUCUUCAUGUCUCAAUGAGAUGCUUAAUGCAUCAUAGCGUGAAAAGUCCCAGCUCAACGUUUACUUGGCACUCCUCACAUUUCUGUGAGUGGGCUGCCCAAAUAUUAACAUUGUACCGUGUUGGUAAAUAUGUUGCUGUGUGUGAGGUGAUGAGCUGUUGCACAUGGUUGACCACCCACACAGUGUGCAGAGAAACCAUCCCUAUCUGUAGAGCGCAAACUGGAGCGGAUCAACCACAUGUUUGUGUGUUUUUUUUGUGUGUGUGUUUGUUGUGUGCCAGGUACAUGGAGUACUUCCCUUUGCCCUCCAACACCAGUUCAGACUACUAUUUUGAGAAGAGUGCCAACUACUUUGACUCCGAGGUUGCUGCUCAGAGGGCUGCAGCUCUCCUACCGAAAGCCAAGAUCAUCACCAUCCUCAUCAACCCUGCUGACAGAGCGUACUCUUGGUACCAGGUCUGUCAUUGGGAACCUUCAGACGAUACAAAAAACUCAUAACAUAAAACAUUCAAAGUCUACUGCUCAGACAGUUUGAAUACUGAGCUCUUUUCUCUGCCUGCCAACAGCACCAAAGAGCUCAUGAUGAUCCAGUGGCGUUGAAGUACUCCUUCCACGAUGUCAUCACAGCAGGCCACGAUGCUCCAGUCAAACUACGGGUCCUUCAAAACCGGUGUCUGGUUCCAGGCUGGUACGCCGUACACCUCGAACGCUGGCUCAACUACUACCACUCCAGCCAGGUACUGUACUUUAGGUGUUUUAAUUCACACAAUGAAGGAUAGCAUGCAGCUACUGUAAUGACACUAGUGUUACAACUUCAAGACCUACAAUGUUCGCUCGAGUUAUGACUACAAAAUCUUCUCCCAUUAAGUAAAUCACACGUAUUUUCUUUUAGCGUAGUUUGGGGUAAAACAUGCUUGUUUACUGUACAUUUACUUAACGAUGAGAAAGAGGAGCUGCUCUGUGCAGGGUUCCUAUGCAAGUAUGGAAAAGUAUGGAAGUAAUUUGAUCAAUUUCCAGGUCUUAAAAAGUAUGGUAAAUGAAAAAUAAAGUAUGGAAAUAUUUAUGUUCACAGACUAUAUUACCUAUACCUAUAUACCUACUAUAUUAUAAAAUACUGUUUACUAAAAUAGAAAAGUCGGUAUUCCCAAAAAUAAUUCUUAAAAGUAGGGUAUGGAAAUACCAACUGUGUAGGGACGUGCUCAGGAAAAAAACAAAUUCUUGUUCCCCUAAAAAAAACCGAUAUGUCAGCGAAGACAAAGAAGUAUGGUCAGAAAAUUCCUCUCAUAAUGAUUCGACAAUAAUGAAACUGUGUUGCCUGUGUGUCUUUCUCAGUUGUUAGUCUUGGAUGGACAGAUGCUAAAGACUGAACCUGCUUCCAUCAUGGAUAAAAUCCAGAAAUAUUUGGGCCUGACAAACAUCAUCAACUACCACAAGAUCCUGGCGUGAGUAUCUCUCUGCACUUUAAACCCUCGCUCUGUUAAUUUCAAAUUAAUCCUUAGAUAAAUAAUGCUACUUUGCCAAGGGCACCAUCAAUGUAAAUAAAAUGGACAUAAAUAAAUGAACAGUUUGUGUGUGUGUUUGUGUGUUUUUUACAUGUAACUAUUUUAAUUGGAAAAAUUUUGUGUGGAUUUUAAAUGAACGAAACGCUCUGCACCUCCCUGAACAUUAUUACAUAUCUGUUAUGAAUAGGUUUGACCCUAAGAAAGGCUUCUGGUGUCAGCUGCUGGAGGGGGGAAAGACCAAGUGUUUGGGAAAGAGUAAAGGGCGCAGGUACCCUGACAUGGACCCUGAGGUAAGAUCACAUGCUGAGUUUUUACUUUUAGAGAGAGCUAAAAUUGUGCGUAAACACUUGACUUUUGGGGCUAAUUUAACAUUUUUUUUUUCUACAUAUUUUUAUGCCGUACCCCGUCUUACAUUUACCUCUUCUUUAGUCCCAGGCAUUCCUCAGGGAUUACUACAGGGAUCACAACAUCGAGCUGUCCAAGCUGCUCUACAGGAUGGGUCAGCCGCUGCCCAGCUGGCUCAGAGAGGAGCUGGUCCACACCAGGUAGCAGCACCACAGGGGGAGAUCCGAGCCCCACAUAAUGAGCCACCACUCAACCUGCUGGAAGACACCGACACUUAAGAUCGCAAACAGUUUUUACAGAGACUAGAACUCAAACUUAACUGUGAUCUUCCCACAUGAACAAGAUGUCUGUGGAUGGUAGUGUCAGCAGCUGCCUGGGCUUUCAGAUGCGGCUGCUUCCCUGCAGGACAAACCAGGACCACAAUGCUGGCCUCAGCUGUGACCUGUAGAAAGACAGGCUCAGUGAUGCACAGGAGGGUCCAUCAGUGUUUGAUAAUCAGCCUUUGCUUUCCUCGAUAAAAAACCUCUUCUCUUUGCAUGGACUUCAUCUUGAAAUUCAAAGGAAUGAGGAGAGAAGGAGCUCGAAGAAGGAGGUCACCUGUGUCUUCAUGUUUGAGCUGUGCUGUUCGGAGAGCAUUUAAAAAGGCAGCAUUUACAUUGAAUACGUGGACUGAAGCCUGAUUGACAGAUGCCUUUUAUUUAAGAAGAGAAGGGGACAUCUGGAGUCUUGACUCAGGCUGCAUGUCGUAGCCUUACUCGAUAGGCCUUGGUAGAAUCUAGUUAUCGCAUUUACAAGUGCCAGGACAGAAUCUUCGUUAAAAUAUUACCACAUGGACAUAUUUUGAGGGUUCUUUUUUUAAAGUUUUGUUUUCUUUACUCAGAUUUUGUUUUAACAUUUUUAUAAUGCUGAUGGCAAUGCAUUAAAGUAGAAUGUACCAAAACUAAAACAUCUUAGCUCUGUUUUCUCCUAUAAAUAAGGUGUACAGUAUGCUGGUUUUUGAACAUUACCUGCUCAACCUCCUCUGUGGUCAGUUUCAUGACCACUGAAUUUGCUACAGCAGGUAGAGAAAGAGAGAGAGAGAAAGAGAGAAAUCGAAAGCACAAUAUUUAAGGCACUCAAGCGAGCAUUAAUUCUGAACAUACAGGUUACUGGAAAGCACACUACCGAAAUGGCUCCCGCUACAAUCUGUGAAGAAGAUCAUAAGCUAGCUACUGUAUGUUAUCUUAACACUCUGGUCUGUGAGAUUCAGAAAGUGUACAGAACAAGAUUGUGCAUUUCAAACCUUUUUUUUUUUCACCAUUGGGAUAUCUUUUUUUUUUUGUCAAAACUGUAUAUUUUGUCAUAUUUUGUUCCAUUUCAGUUCCUAGAUGAGUUCUGGGGGAUAAACGCUGUCUCUGGGGGGGAAAAAAAGUCACCAGGAGAACCAACAGAACGCCCAGAGAGACCAUAGAGACUUCAAGGUGUUACCACUGCAACUAGAUGUCAAGCAUAGAUAACAAAAAGCUGCUCUUACUGCAAUAGUUUUGUACAAUGUUCUGAUGUAAUAACAAUGCACAUGUUGGUCCUCUUAUUUCCUGACUUUGUAAUGUACAUAAAAUGCAACCUUCAGUAGACCUAAAUUAUUGAAUGUGUUUGGGUUUACACUCAUCAGCCCAUUCCCGUAGUGUGAAACGUCAGUGCUGUGCUGAGGGGAGUUUGGAUUCUUUCAUUGUAUGGAGGCGUGUCGCUACGAUUGUUUUUCCUCUCACUGCCAACUAUUGUACGCAGGUACUGAGUCUCUCCAUUUAAAGUAUUAAGUGAUAACACAUAACAGCGAUGAUGGUACUAAUCUCCUGGACUGUAUGAUAAAGAUUUGUAAUUGUUGUCAAUAAUUUUUACAGUGUAACUAAUAUUGUCGGUGCUUUUUAAUUUGCAAAUAAAACACCACUGUAUUUUUCAGUAGAUAGAUCUUUUUCCUUUCUUAAAA